AGACGCGUCGCCGUCGUCGCCGCCGGACGACAAUAAAACGCCUAUCGCAAAACGUGGCCCCCUUUUUUUUUUUUUUUCCUCCAUUUUCCUCCCCGUUGUCGCGUCGUCCCGUCCGUCUGUUUUUCGCGCACAGGCCCACGGCCGCCGGGGGCCCGCCGAACCUUCUUGUGCGUGUGACCGUAUCGUAUUGUUAUUAUAAACCCACUACAGGCGGUGGUACAUGUGCUCGCGGUCCGAGCGGCGCUACACAACUCGAACAACGUCAGCAGCGUCCGCAGCAGCCGUCGUCGUGGGCCGUCACGACACCGCCGCCGGGAUUCUUCGGGUCGAGUGAGUGAAAUAUACCGCGGGGUGGGGGCGAAUCGGCCGUAGACAGUCCGGUAUAGGUACGCCGCACACGGACAGUUCGGACAACGCAUGAUAACGAUAAUAAUAAUAAUAAUAAUAUAUUGACAUUGUCGUUACCGCGGUCAUAAAUUGUUCGGAAACGUUCCGCAAACUGUACGCGAAUACCCACUAUACGUACCCGACCUACACGUUACGGUGUGUUCCGUGUUUUACGCGCCUCGAUGCGGACACGAUCGCCGGGGUCCGCCACGAAAUCCCGCAAACUCGGGACGAGAAUAUUGUACGCGGAGCUCCCGAACACGAUGUCAUCUCGGCAUCGUGCCGUUUUCAAUUCUAAAAAAAAAAACGUUUCGAAAUUAGUCCUAACGACCCCUCUCCGUGUACCCAAUAUCUAUUUAUUUAGCUUCUUUUUCUUUUUUUUACAAAAUGUUUGUCCGCAACGAUCUUCUUUCCAAAAUCUACAUCUUGUUUAUUUAACUGUAAGUUAUGUCGUAUAACUCUGUAUAUAUAUAUAUUUAUAGAGUAUGCUUACUUACCGUUUAAUUUCCUAAGUUUUUAGACGGUUUGAACCCUUCUUUACUGAACACGUGUCCAAGGUGUCCAGCUGACAUGCUGUGGUUGUUUUCCCUAGUCUUCUUAUUGUAUCCAAAAGUUAAAGAUGCGUUCGAAUUUAAGUUUUCCCUUUCCAUAUCUCGGCCACGGGUAUGGCUGCGUCUGUUUCUGUAAUGGUGUUUUCGUAGGAGCAUGCCACUAAAUUCUGAGCACAUAUCAGUACGUGUUCUGUCGUAUCUUCCUACCCACAUUCACAGUCCACUGGUCCAUCGAUAUAUCUCCAUUUUUCAAGGUCGAUUUUUGUUCUGGCAACUCCUGUUCUGAGUAGGUUUAAGGUUCUCCAUACUGCCAAUUUUUGGCUUUUUCCUGGCAAUUUCAUUCAAAUAAUGUUCAUGUACAAAAUUAAUCACCAACAACUUUAUGUUUUUUUUUUUUUAAACAUGACUGUUUUUGGAAACAUAUUUACCAUAUUUACCAUAUUUACCAAACAUCUUUACUUAACAAGUAAAGAUCAUCAGAUGGGUGAUUUUUAAACAAAUCUAUAAAUGCAUAACGUUUUUUGUAUGUCAUAUUAAUAAUUGUCCACAUCAUGUAACAAAGUUUGUUUCAAAAAACAUAAAAAAUCCAAUUUAAAUAUCUUCGCUGAUAGCUAAUUUUUUUUAAAAAACACCUCAAUUUCACUAUACCUUUGUCUGAAAUUUUUAAUCUAAUGAUUGAUUCUCAAUAAUGUCUAUAAUCGUGAGUCUCUUGACGAUUUUUUCUUUCUACCAUUUCAUCCAAGUCUAUCCCUAUCAACCCUCCGUGUCUGAAACUAUAAACAUUAUUUUUAACUUUUUAUGUUUUCACGAAGAUCUUUUUUUAAAAACUACUUUAUUAGUGACCCUAUUGUUCUAACUAAUGUUAUGCACACGUCUGUAGUAAGACGUUUCAAACGCUUUUAAUGUUUUUUUCUUAUCUUCUGUUCCAAUAGUCCACGUUUCAUAUCCAUGUAGCAUAAUGCUCCAGAUAUACGUAUUUAGUAGAUUUUUCCUAAUAAUACGUAGAAUAAAGAUUAAUAUUUGUUGAUGUGAAGAUACUUUUUGUUUUUGGUUAAAUGCUACUUUGGCCUGACAUAUUCUCCUAAUUAUUUCGUUUUUACAUCUUCCAUCAGAGUUUAUAGUGCUUUCCAAAUAUUUGAAGUUAUCCACCUGCUCCACCAUCUUAUUUCCUUUCAGUUUUACGGAUUUUAUUACGCCCUCCCUGCUACAAACAAGAAGUUUUAUCUUAUUUGCGUUCAUUUUGAUGUUAAGUUCACUUAGUUCACUCGUAGUCCAACUCCUGAUCAUUCUCAGUUACAAUUGCUAUAUACCUUCAAUAAAUGUACUACACCAAAAGCUACCUAAAAUGAUUUGGUACACUAGUGCAACACUCUUGCAAUAUCACACUACUGGCACGCAUUUACUACCUGCAGAUCCGUACUUAGGGGGAUGCGAAGGGUGCACAAGCACCGGGUGCUACGACCACGAGAGUGACUAACAGAGACCUUCAGAGAGGUGCCAAUAAAAAUUUUAAAAGAUUAUGAUGACUUUUUUUUUGGGAGGGGGGGAAAUUUUCCUAGCACUGAGCGCUGAUUUUGCUAUAGGCACGGCACUGACUACCUAUAAUACUAACUAUCUAUGAGUCAACCGCUUUUACUCAAUAAUAUGCCACUCGUCCCUCUUAUCUCUGAACGGCUUUCAAUACGCAGAUUGAAAGUUAUUGUAAACAAAUUAUUAUUUAUUAUUGUCCAUGUGCGUUGAAUAUACGUAGGCACAGUGCUAAACAACCCCUUUUAUGGGCCUGUCAAGUUUUAGGAGUUUAACCCCCUUCUACCGCAUCCCCAAAAAUAUGAACAGAUCUUUUUUAAAAAUGAAAUGAUAUAUCGCUGUACGAUAUAUUAACAUACAGUUUACACGUACAGCGUAUUUGUAAAGCUAAAUUAUUCUUUACCCGCACGAGCUUGUCACAAGAUUAAAAUGUAUACUUCUCAUAAAAUGUGAUAUAAAAAAAAUUGAUAAAAGUAUACGAAAAUUAAACUAAUACGAGUAUGAUUUUGCAAAGCCCACCCAGUACAACUUAUAACUCAUCGAACCUAAAAUAAGUUUGGUUUAAGUGUAAUGGAUAUAUCUAGUAGUAUACAGUAAGAAGUUGUAUUCCUAUUAUUAUGUACUAAUAUACGUGACGGUAAUUUUCGAUUCGUUUUUCAAAUCCAUCUCUUGUUUCAUUCGAUUAAUCAAGUUUAGUUUCGCGAAUAAAACUUCAAUCGAAUAAUAUUAUGUAAACGAUCGACCACUGUUUGUAUCAUAUUAACAUUUUAAUCAUAUUUAUGUAUGUAUUACUUUUACUUACAUUUACUUAAACAUUUUUCUUUUAUCAACGUUACUUAUUUAACCAAUUGAAAAUUGUUUGAUUUUCACAUAAGUAAGUACUUACAAUAGAUGUACUACGCUAUAAGCUACGUUCGAAAAUCUAGAGUAGACUCGUCGUAGAGUAGAGUAUUAUAGCCAUAUUAUUAAUGAGUAUUCGAGUUAACAUUACGGUUUAAGAUUAGGUUAACAUUUAAAAUAAAUGAUAAUAACUAUUGAUAAUCAUACGACACGUCUAUAAUUUAAAAUUUCAAUAUUAGUAAAUAAAUUCAGAACUUUAAUAUAAAGAUCGUCUUUUAUGUAGGCUAUAUGGUUAUUGGUUAGAUGAAACUUUACCAUAGUCCAUAUAAUUAUUAUUAUUGUAGUUAUUGUACCUGUAGUAAAAAUAACGUUAUAAAAAUCAUUCGCACUUCCGUAGCAAACUUUCCUUAAUCGGCUUACCCGCAGUGAAGAAAACAGAAAGCUUAAACAAAAGUGUCAUUCGUGUGAUCACACGAAAACUGUAAAACAUCUUUAAAAUGUUUCUAUAUUGCCUUUAUUUUUUGUUAGCCUUUCUGUAACUUCUGCCAUACUUUAAUUUUCAAAUUUUAAAACUCUAUAAAUAGAUUAGUUUUUAGUUUGAGCACAUUUUAGUGAUGACAUUUUCAAUUUCCUUAAACCCGUUGACGAGACAUAACACUUUUAAGUUUGUGAGUAGGGGAGAGUAAUGGAGUGUCAUUUGUGUAGUGGUGAUAAUGAGUGUUUUGUUUUAUAUUGAUCAUCACUCCGUAUAUAAAAGAAAAAACUGACUGGUGUAUACUUAUAAACGCAUAACCCGAUACGUUGGGUUUAGAGGCGUGUCGAAGUUUAUAUGGAGACAAAUUAAAAAUGCAUUUAAUAAUCCAAAAAUUUGUGUUAAGAAGUUAUCAAAUAACCAAUUAAACACGUGGAUUUUGGUGGAUUUUGAAAAUGCAUCCUCUAAAGGCUGGAAAAGGGUGUAGCUCUACAUGAUUGAUCGGAACGACGAUGUUAAAUUUUAAAAGAUUUAGGUUUUUGUAGAUGGAUGUAUAAACUGAAUGCCGUCGUGUAGAUUAGUAACUUUAGGGUAGUGUACAAGUACUGGAAAAUGAAAAUUAUUUCGUUUUUUAAGCUAAUAAAAAUAGUUUUAAGUAUCUGUUAUUAUUUCUGACUUUUUAAUGUAUUCACAUUUUAUCUACAUCAAUAACGUAAUUUACCUUUAAGUUUUAAGGUAUCCUGUAGAAAAAGUAUUAUAAGAGUCUACGUGGGCGAAAUAGUGGGUAAUAGCUAGUAAAUACUUACAUAUGUAUAUAUAAAAAAAAUAAUACUUAUAACAAAAAAAUCAUAAUUUCCGUCAAUUUUGUUUAUUUUCAAACAGCACGCAUUGUAUUUUCAAAGUUUUAUAUGUGAAAAUAAUUUGUGAAAGUACUUAUGUAUACAAUAUUUUAACGUAUUUUCAGUAUUUAUCUACAAUUUAAAACGCUUAUCUACACUAUUAAGACCUUUACUUUGACAAUUUUUUUAUCUUUUUGAUAAAUGUACUGCUACAAUAUACGCUAUAACUGUAACUCUCCUACUACAUCGAUAAUACCUAAUUAUUAUACUCCGAGCUUGAUUUUCAUUAUCAGUGUGCACCUUAUAUGACUUUCAAAAAUCAUCCCUCCCGUUAUCUUGUUCUUGAGCCGCUCUUGAGGUUAGAUCAGCGUUAAUAUUAAAAUAGUUUUUUUUUUUUAUCAAUAUGUUUAUAAUAGGUAGGUAAUUAUAUAAUGUAAAUAAUAAACAUAAUAUGCCGUAAUAAUUUUUGAAGAAUAUUUUGUUAUUUUACAUUUUAAAUUUUAUUUUCGAUAUUUUAUUUUUGAUUGUAUAUACAGAUAUACAAGAAAUAGAGGUAUACUGUCUUGUUUUCUUGUAAUUAAUUCAAUUUUGAAUGGUCAAUUUACUGUAGUAAUCCCAAGACAAUUAAUGGUAUAUUAUACCAUACUUAAAUUGAGAGGGGGGAUACAGCAGGACGGAUUUUCUCUUUUUUUUUUUUGUAUCCCUUUAUUAAUUAUUUCUGUUGGAGCGGAGAGAUCUCCGUUUUGGUACGUUUAUUUUUGAAAAUAAUCUUAUUUUCAAAGAAACAAGUCAUUGUAUAAUUGUUAACAUUUAAUAUUUACUAUCGUUCGAUCAUAAAUUAUUAUAAAUAUCAUAAAUAUAUUUUUUGUAUUGUAUUUUUGCCCUGUGUAAUACUAAUUAAUAAUCUAAGUAAAUUAACCAAAAUCUUUUUUAUUUUACGAAAAUAAGAACCAUCUGUAUAAAGUUAAUACUGCUCACGAGUAGUCAUCUAUUGUAGGUGAGUAGUUAGGAAGGCAGGUAAUAUAAAGUGAUUUAAUUUUAUAUUGAAAACAAUGGAAAAAAAUUGCAAUCAAAAAACCAUUCUGCAGACCGGAGCAGUAUUAGGGUUCGUGUUUUUCUCUUGUAUAUAGCCAGGGAAAACUCAACAAAAACCUGAUGUAUCGAAAUUUGUUGCCUGUUCUUUUUUUUUAAAUUUAAUAGAAAAACUGUCAGGAAUGAUGAUUUUAUUUAUCUGCAAUCACGAAAUCCUACGAUAAUUUUUUUUAUUCAAAUAUAUUACCGCCGGACAAAAAAUCCAUACCUUUUAAGAAUUAACAUGACAAUAUCGGAGCAUAUUUACUAAUCCAAAAAGUGUUUCGGAGAAAAAAAAAUUUAGUUAAACUAAUGCCUCUUUCACUUAAUUCAGGAACUACAAUAAAAUAUGUAAACAAAAACGUAGCCUGCAGGAAUGCUAUUAUUGGAGUGUGUUUGUGUUUGAAAAGUGGUGUAGGAAGUGUUGGGGCGAAACAUCCCACUAGUUAGCUUAAGUUCAACAAUUGCAAAGGACGCAAAUAUUUUUUUUUAAGCUUCAUAGUACCUCUUCUUUUAUUUUUCCGAUUCGAGCAAUGGUUGUAUACCAAUGCUAUUGCCAUUGUUUUAUUCUAAAAAUCCCUACAUAUAUAUGUCAUAGUAAAUAAUUUAUGAAUUGAAAACUUGAAUUCGCAAAAGAAACCAAAUCGUUAAAAUAAUACUAUGUUGCUAAAAAGGGAUAGUGUACAUAGUCCGAAAAAUUGAAAUAAUUUCAAUUUGAGAACAUUUUAACUCCUUUACACAUUUUCAUCUAUAAACUAGUCAAAAAAUGAAUUAUAUCGAUUGAAGAUUCUGAAGAUGGAUUGCGUAAUUUAAUUAUAAAACUAUAAUUUUAAUACUUAGUAAAAACAAUUCUAUUGGCAACAAAAUCACGAAUUAUUUAUAAUUUCCACUUAUUUUGUAACUUCUGACUGUUGCAUGCAUAGUAACUGUUGGUAUAGUAUUAGUUCUUACAAAAAAACCUAGUUUUCGUAAACAAUUUUUUAGGCAAACUUUCUGAAAAAAUAGCCAAACUGAUUAUUUUAUCUUUGUGACAUCGUUAGCAAUGAAUUUGAGUAAUAUUUUCCACAAUCGUGUUGUUUAUAUUUUUUUUCACGAUUAGGUAAGGUUUAAUAUACAUUGAAACAUUGUUUUUGUAAUAUUUAUUUAUAUCUACAUAAAAUAUGUAAAUCGUAGUAACUAACUGAUUCAAUAUAUUAUAAUGUAAUAGAUUAAUUUAUAUUUUUAUGAACGUUUUAAUAUUUUAUACUAAAUCUAUACGGUUACCUAUAUAACUAAAUAUAUUAUUUGAACAUUAUUAUAAUAAUGAGUGAUAAAAAAAAAAAUUAAUCUGAUUAUCUUAUCUCUCACCUAGGGUUCUAUUUGUAAUUUGUAACAAUUUACCAAAAUCCACACAUUUUUACAUAAACAAACAAUAAAGAAAUACAGUUGUGUACUUACUGUAGAUAGACAAUAUACUUAUAUUUAAAGUAAUAAUGAAUUGAUAGUAAAGUCGCGUUAUACGCUGAUAUCCGCAAGAUGAAAAAUAUAUAUGUGGAAUUAAAACCAAAUCUUAAAAUUUGUUAUCAUAUUUCCGACAUUUUUUACAAACUUCAAAGCCCCUAAGCAUGGUAGUUUAACAAUGUGUCCAGAUUGUUUUGUUUUGGUGAUUGGAUACCGACAUUUUCUCUCUUAAUCUAACAAUAAGUAUUUCAAUACGCACUACGCAGCAAUGGCAUUUAAAGCAAUAGGAUUAGCUCAAUCGAUGUAGUAAAGCAAUAACUGUACGGUAAAAUUGUAAAAAUUCAAACCAGUUUCGAUUUAUAUAAUAUUAGUAUAAUCAAUUCAAACAUUAGAUAAAUUGUAUUAUAUUGUUAUAUACGUACAAAUCUAGUGGGAGUGAGGGUAAUGUAUUAUACAGAUACUUAAUUUAUUGUUUACACAUGCAAAUUUUUUUUUUAUAAAAUAUCACACAGAAAAAGUUGAAUACAAUAAUUGAAUCCAAGAUUUUUGCAAUAAAAAUAAAUUACCUCUCGUAUUAUCUUUUUAUUGAUUAAAUUAUUUCCAAAUUAAAAUAUUCUAACAGCGUAUUUUAAACAUUUCUACAUUUUAUUUUAUUUAUUUUUUUAUGUACUGGUAUAUAAUAUAACUACAUUUUUUUUUACAGGUUUUAAUAUAUAAUAAUAUUGUUGUACACUAACUAUAAUCAUUUAAUAUAUAAACGGUUAAUAAUAAUAAUAAAAAAAAAAAAUCCAACACUUAAAAGUUCCAAACGAGAUGUAAUAUUUCAUAUGCGUAAAGUGUUUCGAGAGUCUCUUGAAUUUUGAAUAAACCACAUAAAAAUAUGCUGACGAUUCAACAAUUUUGAGGCACCCAUAUAAUAUUUAUACACAUAUAUUAUGUUUUGUUAUUAAAAUUAUAUUUUAUCAAUUCCGAAUGAGAUUUUAUUCCAUUUUCUUAAAAAACAUAUCAAAGUUUAAUCAAAUUGUUUUAAAUUAAAUUAGGUACCUAAUAAUUUGCCUCGUAUACUUACUUGUUAAACUAUUAUAUACGCAUCAUAGGUAAAAAGUUUUCAAAAUAAAUCGUUGGGUGCUCUAGAAAAAGAGCUUAUAUUUCUUCAAAAAGGUUACUUUAUUGAAUUUUUAACUUUUUUAAAAUUAAUUUUUUUUUUCCAAGAAAAUUGGUAAUUAUUGUUAGGGUUUGAAAGUUAUAGGAGAUAAAUUUGACAAAUUAUAUAUGCGUAAUAUAUAAUAUAUAUAUAUAUAACAAUAAAUUGUUUAAACAAUGAGGUAUCGUUUACAUAUAGAUAUUUGAAAAUUUAAGCAAACUAAAAUGUAAAUAUAAACAAAUUAUCAUAUUUAAAUAUUUAAAUUUCAUAUAAGUGAAGAAUAACAGAAUAACCAAAAUAACAGGUCAUGUGAAUAUGCGCACAAAAAAUCGGAAAUAUGCAAACAAUUUAAUAUGUAAAAGAAUAAUACGAAUUUAAAAAAAAAAAAAAAAUAUAUAUAUAUAUUUUUGGUAUUAUUGGAUAUUACCUAUGUACGAUGACAAUAAAUACAUUAAAUAAUAUUUAAUAUGAAGUAAAUAGGUUAAAAAAGAAAAUAUCAAUUUGUUUUAAAAACAAAUAUUAAAUAUGCAUAAUAUGCGUAUGAUAAUCAAUCAAAAUCGAUGAAAUAUACACAUUUUCUCUAAAACUGACAAAAUAUGUAUUUCAAAUGUUCGAUUUUUAAACUUUCCAUUGUAUAGCUUCGUCUGCUACAAACCGAGAGCAUACAGGACAAUACGUAACUCCUAUAUAACUUCCGAGUCCAAUAGUCAUUACGUAUUAUUAUGAAUUGAUCCCGGUUUGUAUGGGGUGCUCGAGUAUCAUCCGUCUACAUGGCGUCUAUGAUACACGUUAUAUUAUUAUAUAUGGUCAUUGAUCGUACAAAAAUAAUUAUAAAAAUAAAAUAACACUUGUUACGUAAAUAAUAAUUAUUUAUAAAUGUAUUUUUCUUUUUCAGAAAUAAUUUUGUAGGCUAUGCUCCAAAUAGUUUCGUGCUACGACCAAUAUGGCUGAAAACUGUGAUUCGGACUCUGAGAGCGACAAUGAAGAGGAGGAAGAACUCCAAUUGAUAAGACCGUAUUGUUGUUAUUUAUCAAGGCUGUUGUGUUCAACACGCUUUGGCCUGAUAUUAUUAUAAUUCGCAUCAUGGAUCUCAGUGGAUACGUACUCAUACUCAAAGAAACUGAAGACAAUAAAGCCAAGCUUUUAGGUAAAUAUUGGAAAUCCGGUUUAUUAUUUUUGUAGGUAAUGUACGUAGGUAAGAACACGUAUCCCGUACACGUAUCCGCGAGGUAUCCUCAGGGUAGGUAUGUGUUUCGAGAGAAAAGCAAACAAGUAUUACCUAAUAAAAAAAAAACACUGAUAUAAAAUAGAUAUUUCGACACGUUCAAAAUCUAAUAAUAGUCUCGGUUGUCUUUGACUGUUUAAAUUUAUAAUAUAAUUGAAUACUAUAAUUUGUGAAACGUUCUAAAGCUAUGCGAAUGAUAUACGAUACCCGUAUGCUUAGUUGGUUUAUAUAAUAUGUUAAUGAGAUAUACUAAAAGUGUAUAAAGUAUAAUAAUAUUAUGCAAUAUACUCGUAUCUUAACUGAAAUUAAAAACAAAUAUAAUAAAAUAAAACUGCUCACUGCCUACAUGAUAUUUAAUAAUAAUUAAGAAUUAAUUAAUAUCUUAAACAUUAUUCGAUUCGAUAUUUUAUUUAUAUAAACCACUGUUGAGUAAUAAUUAUUCUUUUCGAUGUAAAAAAUGUAUUAAAAUAUAAUAAUAUGUCAUGCUACGGUUUCUGAACUAAACUUUUGUUGGUUAAUAGGUUCAAAAGUCGACCGCGCAGACUUCGAAACCGGCGAUGAAAUAUUUGCAAUCAAUGGGCAGCAAAUUGCAGAAAUGACUCGUGACGAUUUACUAUCUUAUUUAUAUCAGGCGAGUUAUAUGCAUAACAAAACAAAAAAACUAUUAUGAUUUAAAAAGUUAAACUAAAUAAUAAUACUGUUAACAGUGCAUUGUUACGAGGACCAUCUGCAUGAAUUUGAAACCUCGAGUUAAAAAGGGUAAGUGAAUUAAUAUUAAAUUAAUACAUUAUUAUAUGCUUAUAAGACAGUUAUAAAUUAUAAUAUUCAUCCAUGUAGACAUAUUUGGGUGAUCGGGAUUAGGUCUAUUAAAUAUUUCCGUUUGUCUAAGAUAAUAUUAAUUGCAGGCACUGUUUCUAAUAAGACAUACAAAUUUAUUUGAUUCGAAUAUCAUACAAAUUAUUAAAGAAAUAUAAUUAUAUAAUAUCAUGGGCCAAACCACAAUAUCACGUAGCUCAGUUUUUCAUGGAAAAUCGAGUUACGUGGUAUUGCGGUUUAGCCUACGAUAUUUUAAGUAUUGGUGGACAGAGACGUACAGCCCUUCUGAUCACUCUACGAUUUAUUAAUUCAAAAUGCCAAAGCAAUAUUUCUUUACUCCCCGUUUUAAAUUGGUAAACCUUCGUGGGAUAUUAAUAUUAUCCAGUAUGAUAUGAUGCAAUAAUGCAAUAUAAACAAUGGGUUGUAUCUUUGAAACUUCUGAAUACUUUUUCAAUAUUAAUAACUCGUAUAUAUUUAUAUCAACCCUUUAAAAUGUAUCACUUUUAUCGCGCGAAAUACUCCUUCUUAUUCUCCCUGACACCAGAAUUCUUCAAGAGUUUUAUAGCCGCCAACAUCACUUCCGUUGGAAAUUAUUAACAUUCUAAAAUGAGAAGUUAUUAUUUUUAUUAAUAGAAUAAUAUACUUUCACUCUCGUACGGUAAUAUUCGCUAUAAUUUCUGUAAAAGUCUAAGAGCAAGUGUAAAAAAAAUUAAAUAACUCUCUCGCCUCUCUAUACUCAUCAUCGUGGUAUUUUUAUGAGAAUUUCUACAUCGUCUGUGGUCGACGACUGUCGUUUCUAGUCGGUUAGCGACCUCGAGUGAUCACAACAGGUACGCCAGGUAACACCAAUAACAGGUCUAUGUUUUAGUCUACCUAGUUACACCCAGUGUUUUUUACUUGUACCGCUAACGUUUCGGAGUUCGCGUUUUUAUCGGGAUCUCGUAGGUAUUGUUAGUGUAUAGUGAUUGUGUUAAAUUGUUUUUUUUUUUUUUUUUUUUUUUUUGGUUAUAUGUGUAGACUUUUGGAUUGAAUAUAUCAUGUAAAGUAAGUACUGAGUACAUAAUUGUCAUUAUUUUGUAUGUAAUAUUAAAUGUAAGAACACUUUAUUUAUGUGUCCCAUAGUUAUUAAAGAACUCCCAAGUUUCGUUAUCAUAUUUCGUAUACUAAUUAAAAAUGUACAUAUACAUAAAAGGAAGGCACUUGAGAAAUAAUUUCGUUGCUCGGAGAUAACAUAAAAAAAAUGUAUCCUAUUUUAAUAAUCGCCACUAGAUCUUUUUAUUUUUUAAUUUAAAGUAAUAAUUAUAAGUACAUUUUAUUUUGAAUCAUGUAAAUAUUAUCGGAAGAAGAUUUUAAAAAAUGUAUAGUAAUAAAAUAUGUAUAUAUUAUAUUUGAACAAAUUGUAUUAUUCAUUUUAAGCCGUACAUUUUAAGGAAUUAAUAGAGUUUAUCCACUUGUAUCAUAAAUUUAGUAAUGUUUGUUUGUAUUGUAAAUUUAAAAUUAUCCUAUGUAUUCAAAUAUUGAUUAGAAUGCUGUAUCUUACAGCAACCUGCUUGGUGGGCAGCUGAUUUUAAAUAAAAUUUGUUCCUCCCUCUCUAAUUUAUUUUAUACGUUAGUUUAUUAUUUUAAUACUAAUCAAAUUAACGUAAAACUAUUGAAUAAAUACGUCGAAUUUGAGCAAUUUCUAACAAUAAUUGCCUAUUAAAGUCAAAAAUUAAUAAAAUGUACUUAAUUUAAAAUUAAAACAAUUUGGUAUUAAUUUUUUUAGUUAGAAAAAGUUCUGUUUUCGUUUUAAUUUCUAAUCCAUAAUUAAAAUAUCAAACUUGUAGAUAUUUUAUUAUUUAUCAACAUUUAAAUUUAAAUGCAAAAAUCUGAAUAACUUGUAAACCAUAAAUAAAAAAGGUUUCAGUGGAACUUAUAUUUGAUUGAUUUUAGUUUUUGUUUUGUAAAAUUAUGCGAAUCAUAAAUAUCAAUAUAAAAAAUAAUUCACUAAUGAAAUUAAUUUUUAUUGAAACGUAGCUUAUAAUUGUCAAUAACAUAAUAAAGAAAGUAACUUAAAUUACGUUCACUAAAUCAGUUGAAAUUAUUUAAUUAAUGUACAACACGUAUACUUCUAGAACCGUAGUUAAAUCACUAUUGAGCUUUUAUGCUUAUAAAGUUUAGCACCAGGUAUACUUUGGGUGCAUUUAUUUAGAUUUACUUUGGUAAGGUGAAAUAAUGUUGCCUUGGCCUCGAUGACGUCAAUACUUUGAAAGGAUUCACAUAAUAUAAUAACAUACACAUUGAAAAUAAGUUUUGAUUUAAUUUUUCGAUUUAUACAGAAUACGUGCACGCAUUUUUAGUAACAAGUCAAAUAUUUUGUACGAUUGUAUAGCAUAUGAUAAAUGAUGGAUACUUGUAAGUUCAAUUUAUUAUGCAAAUGCAUAGGUUUAUUUACUUAACUUAAUAUAAUAAUCGUUGUAAUAUAUUUGUAUAAGGUCUUAUACUAUAUUAGGAUACAAGUUGUAUCCUUGAAUACAAGUGAUUUGUACGAUUUAUCUCGUGAUUACUCUGUUCGUUUAUCUCCAUAUUAUCAUAGCAGACUAGUAACACUACCUAUUUUAUCUAAAUAUAAUAAACAUAGUUUCAAAUGCUAUAUUAUUUUCCGAAAAAAGAAAUGGUGUAUUUUAUUUCUAAAUAUUUUUUAAUAAAUGACUAUAAUUUAUAUAAUUUAAGUUCAAUAAUUCUGACAUACAUACAGCUGCAUUAAUCAGCGGUCAGUAAACCACUGACCGCAAUAUAGUAAUAAUAAUGUAUGGUAUGAAAUUCAACGACACGGACUGAGAAUAUUUGUAUGUGCAUUUAAACCGUAGUCUAUGUAUAUUUUUUAAUAACGAUAUUUGGCGGGAGGGGAUUUCGGAUGUUUUGAUUAUACCUGGUUGCCAUGGAAAUGCCAUCGAUUCUUCUCCCCGCGUUUAAAUUACACACAAUGUGUGUGUAUACGAACAUCCGGCUUCCGGCCCGCAACCUAGCUAUAAUGUAGGCACCUCGGUGUUCACAAUAUUUUAAUAAUAUUGUUAAAUCAUAUUCAAAAUAAGUAGGGCGCUCGAAACUGACGUUUAUUAGCUAAUUAGUUCCUUGCUUUAUUUUACAUUUGGUUGAAGUAUUAGCCAAGUUUAAAUUUUCACGAACACCACAGUAUAAGUUAAUUAUUUAAGAAAAAAAAAAGGUUCAUUUUUUAUAUUUAAUGCGAUGGCAUAUUAUAUAAUCUUUUAAUGAAUUCUUGUUUAUAUUUAAUUACAAUGAUUUUAUUUCAAAUUUAAUUUUAAUUUAUAAUACAUUUUAAUGGUUUAAUCAAAAAUCAAACAUAAUACAAAUUAAGAACUUAUUUGAAAGUUAUUACUAAAACCGUUUUAAUUAAAAAUAAACUUGCACACGAAUUUAAAACCGCUUGAUAAAAGGGUUAUGUUAGAUCAGGUUGUUGUGAAAGACUGGCGGAAGCCGUCCUAGGACAACCUGGACCUGUAAUCAAUGACAGCCUGACCAAAAAAAGUUAGAUAGCAGAACUAAUAAGGCAUAUAAACAAUAUAGGACGUUGUCAUAAACGCAGAUAGCCUAAAUAUUUUGAAGGGCUUAACACCGCCAUAAUAUUGAUUGAUAUAGAUUAAGUAUACUUAGUAUUUACUUGUCAAGGGCUUGAUUUGAGUGGGCUUGGCUGAGUUUUGAGGGCGUUAAAUCCUAUGAAACCCCCCCCCCCUAUUUGUCCCCAUGGCGCAAUAAACCACAAGUAUAUAUUUUGUGAUCAAAUUGGAAUUUUAAAAUUAACUACACGGAUGCCAUAAUCGGUUUGUAAAUUAUAAUCAUUUCAACCUAUAUUAUUAUAAAAACAUUACGAUUUACGAUACUAAAACGUAAGCACACAUCAAAUGACGAAAAUGUUUAAAUUGUUCCGGUUGGUGUUAAAGCGUUAUACAGUAGUUUAGUAGUAGUUUUUUUUAUAUUUUUUAAAGUGUACCUAUAUAGUACUAUGUGUUUAAUAUACGACUCGCAGAUAAAUAUAAAUGUACAAUACAAAAUGAGAGAAAGAAAAAGAAUGCGAGGAACCGGUCAAUCGAGUUUGCCUUUGGUGCUGUUGUUAACCUCGAAUCUCAAACGGACAGUGGCGAAUAAAACGAGUUUGCCUCAGGGAAAAAUACUGGAUGAUAUCCACACGUUGGAAAAUUUGUAUACACUGUAGGUACUGUUGUGCUGGCUACAAAACAGAUUUGGAAGUCCUGAUAUUAAAAAUAACGAUUAAUUCUAUAUAACAUAUAUGUACCUAUAUAUUUAAAAGACAUAAAUAUGGUUUAAUUACAGUGAGUUAAGUAAACCAAACCUAAAUAGUUUCAAUCAACUUCCGGAUUACACGUUGUUUAUAUAUGAUUCUUAUACAACCGAUUAAGGUUCAUAAUAUCUAUUUUUGUUUCUACGUACUCUUAGAAGUGUUUGUUUAUUAUUUCAUAAUACCUAUUUGCAAUUAAAUAAAUUUAAAUAAUUUUUAAUUUACACGUCUGCUUAUAUAGGUGAUAAUAACAUGAUUGCCAAUCAGUGUGAUUUUUAUAAUUUUAAAUUUAUUUCAAUUUAAUUAUUCCUUUUAUUAUUUUCUAACAAUAUAUUCAAUUUAUUCGUUACAUAUUUUAGAUUCUUAGCAAAGCAAACCAAUGUAUUAGUUCUACAAUAAUGUUUAUUUUAUUUGUAAACAACUUUUCUACCAAAAAUCUUGCUUCGAUGUAUCAAGUGUAGUACAUUUUCUGAAAGGAAAUUUUAUUUCGGUGGUAAUUUAGGCAAGUCAUUUUUGAUUUUUCUAGCAAUUUUCAGAAUAGUUAAGAACUGGGAAAGAACGUAGAAAAAACGGGAAAAUUUACGAAAUUUAUUAUUUUCAAUUUUAGAUUCUGAGUUUAGCGAAGAAUGUAUUGGUUUUACAAAGAUGUUUAUUUUUUUUAUGUAAACACUUUAUCUAUUAGAAAGUCUACUCCGAUUAUCAAGUAUAACGGCUUUUCUGAAAUAAAAUAUUCUCUGGGUGGUAUUUUAAAGAGGUCAUUUUUUGAAAUUCUCAUUAAUAUUCGAGAUAAUGAGGAAAACCUGGUUAUUUAGGUUAGAAAAGAUUGAAAGAUUAAAAAUAAGUUUGUCAUUGGCAACCGUUUUUAUUUAUUUAUUGUUAUUAUUAAGUUUUCAUUAUUUUAAAUCGUUUUUAAACAAUCAUUGUCAUGGAACCGCACAUUGCUGUAAUCAUUUUACCAUAAUAUGACAUACAUAUAUUAUUAACAAAGCAAUACUAUCAACUGAACUCUGUUAAGAAUCGUUUUUUCGUUAGCAAUGAUUUAUCAUUGCUUACAGAUAUAUAUUAAAUUCCCGUCUGUAUCCUACCUUUCCAACUUUCCACCUACGAGUAUUUAUUUUUUAUAUACACUUAACAAUUUAAAAUGUUUUCGUUUUUAAACAGUUAAUAUGUUUUUUUUGUAUUUAGAAGAGGAAUGAUAUGACCGUCAUUCGAUAACACUCAAAAAACUUUUCGGUGUGCUUACGUAUAUUUAUAUAUAAUUUUGAAAAGUUAUUAUUUUUUUCUCAAUCAAAAUUUAAAAGACGAGCUUAAUAUCUUCUUUUUGAAGGAGUAUAGGCUUAUCCAGUUUUCCUGCAGCUUCUGCCCUACACAAAACUUUCAAAAGUUUUUAUUGGACAUAGUUAAAUACUUCUAUCGACCUUGCCGAUACCAAGUCAAGAUUGAAACUAAUCUAAUUUUUGUUUUUUUAAUGCAAUACAGUUGAAAAUAUUCUUAUAGAAAAUUUAAAUCUAGAUAGAAAAAUUAUAUUUGCUUUUUCUAGGCGUAGUAAUGUUUUCAAAAUAUUUUAGUCAUUUUUGAGCUAUUUAUAGGCAUUUUAAUUUUGCCGUAUUUUUAUUCGGUAAGUACUCAUUGAUUGAAUUGUUAGACCAAACAGAAAUGCUUGAACAUUUUACUGGAGGUUGAUUAUAAUUCGUACUUAUUGAUGAAAAGAAAAUUUGUGUAAUGCAGUAUUUUUUUUUUUUUCAUACGAGUUUUAAAAUCAAAUUUUGUCGAAAAUCAUAAAUAUUACGUUCUUUGAAAACACGUAUAAUCGAACUCCACUGAAAAUCGUUUUUCGUUACCAAUGAUUAAUCGUUGCAUACAGAUAUACAUUAAAUUCCUCUUUAUGUCACACCUUUCAAACUUUUCACCUACAACAGUGGCCUACCCAUCGUUCGAUGUAUGUCCGUAUUUUUUGUAUUAAUUUGGUAGGCACAACUUGUAACAUAUUACUGUAGGAGUAUUAUAGUAUGGCGUGAAAUUUUGUCAUUCAUUUUGUUUCAUAAUAUUAUAAUGAGGUGCAUAUAUAUAUAGUAACAUACUAAUAUCAUAUAUUGUAAUAUAUUUUGAAAGAUACAAAUUACAAUAGAACUAUAAUUGACAAAGUCGAUGAUUUCCGAAAUUUAUUCUGUAUUAUGUUUAAGUGUCGCUUGCAAUGUACAGGAGUAAUAUUUAAUAUUUGUAGUUAUUCUCAUUAAUUUUCGUAUGUUCUGCGCUCACUAGGUAAUGAUGAUGUAUAUUGUUGCGUACCUAAUCUAAUCGUGUGGUGUUUUUAGUUUGUUAGGGACCAUUCUAGUGUAAUAUUAUUUUCAUUUUUUUUUUGUAUCAAGUGUAAUUCCCGAUUCCACUUACUAUUUUUUUUAUGUAGGUUUAAUAAACCAAUGUGUAUAGACUGUAGAUACUAUGUACAAUAUUAUGUUUGUAUUUGUGACGAGGACAUUUUUAUACAUUUUGUAUUCUUGAAAAAUCGUUAUUUAUAUAUCUAGUAUAAUUUAUUUUCAGUAGCUGACACAAAGUCAUUAAGGUGUUAAACUCGCGAUUUGUAGGUCGCGGCCCGGUGGAUUCCUGCAAAUGGCCACGGAAUUACUUCAAAAUAGGGUUUGAAGGAAAUUAUCGGUGUCUAGUCUGAUAAGUUGACCGUAAAACUCCGGAAUUGAUAAACGGCGAUAAAGUGUACCAAAAAUCUUGCUUUCCUCACUCUUUUUUACGGGAUAUUUUAAGUAAAACGUAAAUAGAAAAAAAUCGAAUAUACGUAUUGCGUUCAUUGUUUACCUAUAAUACAUAAGCAUAAUUAUAAUAAAAACUUGAAGUUUGAAUUAAUUAAUUUGUUGUAGUUUUUGUAUAAUAUAUAAUACAUGAGAAGCUAUCACAGUAUUAUUUUUAAAUUAUCAAAUAUUGUGUUUGAAUGAGAACUAAAGAACAGCCCGGUAUCAUGAAAAUGGGGUGGGACCAGACCAAAUAUUUAAGAUAAUUUGUUUAACCGAAUUAGAUCAAUUUCUAAAAUAAAUUUUUCAACCUAGACCAAUUUGAACCAAGCCCACACAUUUUUUAAUUCCCGGAUCUAUAUGGUGAUUUAGAACUGAAAUCAAAUCGUCCACAUAAAACUAUUCAACUAGAAACCAAAAAAAAAUUGGUCGUUUAAUUGACUACUCAUCAAGUUAAGUAUUAAUCAGUAUUAUAUAUUUUAAUAUUUAUUUUAUCUAUUUUUUCUUGGUUGAAUCGUUACACCUGAUGAAGAUUGCUUUCGUAUUACUUCCACCAAAGGUAUUUAUUUUACCUAGAUUAUGUCUGUUGACGGUAAUCAACGUUUAUUUUUAUGAUUUCCUGUUUUGAUGGAAAAUAAUAUUUAAUAAGCUAUACGAUAUGACGAGUGAAAUGGCUAUGUUUCAAGAAAUACGAACACAUGCUGUUUAUAAAUAAUUAGAAAUAAAUUGACAUAUUAUACUAUUUUUCCAAGUAUAAAACCCAGACAAAAAGCCGGAAGAUCAAAAGACUAAAAUACCGGACCGGACCACUUCAGUGGUAUUAAAAACAUAUCAUGAUUUGAAACAAACCUAACCCAUUAUGACUAUCUCAGACCCGAACACCUAAACCAAGAAUAUAAAAAGCAUGUUGACUGAGUUGACCCGGGACCGGGCUGAUCUCUAUACUGUGAGCCUAUAAUUUAUGAAUACAUAUUGUAUUUAAAUGUAUUACGUGUUAUUGAUGUUACGUUAGUUUUGGACAUUGUAAAUUGGAUAUAGGUAGGUAUCUGGUAUACAGUAUUUCCUCGUAUGGGAUUCAUGAGUGUUUGCUAGUAAUUUUUACUUCAUUAUUAUAUUUUUUUGUAAUGACUAUUAAUGACGAUCACAAAAAAUGGGUAGUACCAUUAUCUUGCACGCAUUUUUUGUAUCAAUAAUCUCUUUCUAUAUAUAUAUGUGGAAUAUAAUUAUCCCCAGGAGUGUAAAAAACUAACAUCACAUUACAUUUAUUAGUCUUAAUUGAUAAUUAUUGUGGAUUUGUGUGUAUAAAUUUGUGACGUAUAAAUAUUUUCUGUAAUGUUGUUAAAUGUUAAUUAUACUAACUUACUCUAAACUAGCGUGCUCAAGAAUUGUUUGUAAAGCGAAAAGACUGAAAAGUAUUUAUUUGAUUUAGAUGUACUUACGUGAAAUAAUUUUCCCCCUCUCCAAAUAGUAGACAAAAGUGCAUACAUUUCAUAUUCAGCAUACCUAAAGGAUUGAUAUAUAUAUUUGUAAAUACAGUCACUAGUCAGUAUAUUAAUAAGUGUACAAAAGGUUUUAGUCGCGAAGAAUUUUUAAAGUAAACCGUUUGGAACAUUACUCUUGAGUUUCGCAUGUUGUCAACCAAUCUGUAUCCACCUUGAGAGAAAUAAUGCUAGAUCGCGAACCGUUGACAGUAACUGCACACUGCGAAAUAAAAUUCGAUGCCCUCGACCGAAGCAAAUCAUCCGGCUCAAUUAUCCGUUAGCGUGUAUUUUUUUCCGUCUACGUAUAUUUCGCUCGUCUUCGAAAGAACCCGAUUAUUGUUAUUACAGAUAUUUGAGUUAAAAACUGUCGGUCCGGAACUAAAAAUGUUUUAUGCAUUUCUUAAUAUUAUAAUAAAUUGAAUGUGUUAUGUAUAAAAGUAGCUAGUAUUCAUAUAAGUACCAAUUAUAUCAUAUUUUUUUUACAAAUGAAAACUAUUCAAAUGCACUCGGGAGUCUUUUGAUCCUCCAACGUCAAGUCAUGCUCCGUUAACGAUGAGUUAAUAUUGCCACGGUCAAUUUGUAUAGGAGAUCAACCAAAUCGAUUUUAUACGACGGUAUUUAUUGUUUCGAACUAUACGAAUAUUUCAAAUAAUUUAUUAUUUUAUUGUGUCAACUUUUUAAACGAUAAUUAUUCCUCAAUUAAUUGUUGAAAUAAUUAGUAAUUAAUAUAUAUAUAUAUAUAAUUCAAUAUGAAAUGUUGUAAACUUAAUUUAACGUCGUACCUGAUGGGAUUCAAAAUAUAUUUUUAAUAAUAGGUACGUAAUAUAUUACUUAAAUACAAUUUCAUAUUGUGGAUAUAUCCCUAAUAACACAUCCCCGAAAAUGAUCGUCAUUGUAACGAACUGCCAAUAAUUACAUUAAAACCACGGAUUACAUUAAACCCACCAUCAGGUUUGGUCAAAUUACUCUAUUAGUUGUAACCAGAUACAAGUUAAAAGUUACUCUAAAAUAACAUAUCUAAAUACUAGUUACAAGUGGCCUAAUUCAUAAAAAUGUGCUUAAAUACAAAAUUCAAGUUACGUAUCUCAGUUACAUAAAAGACACAAAAGUUACAUCAAAAAUUUAAAAAAAAACUUUUUUCAUUAUAAAUAAUUACCUUUAUUUAAAUAACGUAAUAUAAAUUAUAGAAACAAAUGUGAGUGUUCAGAAAUAAAUUGUGAAAUAUUAAUAGAUACAAAAUUCAAUCGAUUAUAUUAAAUAACUAAAUCAUAGUUAAUAAUAUUAUAAAUAAUGUAAAAUUUUUACAUUAUGUAUUAUAUUAUAUGUACCUACAUAAAUAUUUUAAAGUUUAAAUUUCAAAAAAAUAUAUAAUAUUAAAGUGUCUUGUACCCAUCAAUUAUGAAUUAAUUACAAGUUCUUCGAAAAAGUAUCUAAAUACAAGAUACAAGUUACAAAUGUAACUUAUUCAGGCGUCUAUCUAAAAUUCACGUAUUUCAGUAACUGACCAAUCUGGCCUACCAUUGAAAGUUGUUUAACUUUGGACGAUAACCUAAUUGACUUAUUAUUAGUUUAUUUAAUUUGACGAUAUAUAUGUCUCGUAUAGCUUUAGUACCUAUAACUUUUCUCUGCAUAAAUUAUACAUUUUUAGUACCAACCUAGUUACGAAACUUCAAAAUAAUAAUUUGAUUAAAAUUUAAUUUUCAGACGUAGUAUUUAAUGAAGUUUAAGGUACCCUACCCAUUUUACAUUGCACAAUAAUUUAACAUAUUACCCACCUACUAUGAUAUAUUUGUACAUUGGAUUUAAUAAUGAUUCAUGUUAGGAUGAAUAUAAUUGUAUUUAAUUAUUAUUCUUGUUGAUAUUAUUAUGUUAUGUACACAAAUUAAAUCUGCAAUUUAAAAUAUAAAUUAUAUACUUAUAGGUAUAUACCGAUAACAUUUUCAAAUUUUUAUUUUUUCAAAAACAAAAAAUUAAGUAACGGAAUAAUAACACGUUUUACGCAAUUUACAAACACACACUGUCGAAUCGAUAUUGUUUUCUGUAAUAUUCUAGUCAUAUAAUAUGGGACGUAUUAUGUGAAUAUAUAAACGAAUUUCUGCAGGUUGUUACGUAAACAAUAAAAUAUUCGUAGAAAAAUUGAAAUAUUCAUAUAGUUACGAGUGUACGAGUAUACGUUCAAUGAAUUUUAUUUGCGUCUCAAGGGCACCUGUAUUAAUACUACGAGUAAUAGUAUAGCAAAAAUGUAAAAAAAAAAAAUUAGUACCUAUAUGAAAAUUUUUUUAAAAUAUUGCGUAUCGGAUUGCAGUGGCAAUUAUAUUGUUACGGUUUUAAUAAAUACGAAUUUAUAGAUCCUUGCGUAUACUAUAAUAAAGUUAUUAUCUAUUAUUGCAUAACUUCAGUGCAUUUUACUCUCUUUCGAAUUCAAUUUUUUUUUUUAACAAAAUAUAAUAACAUUUGCUUGAAAAAUAUCUAUACAUAUUUAAAUUAUGGUGUGCAGUUAUUGACAGAUUUCUUAAUUAUUGUAAAAGCGAAGAAAAGAAAAGUUUCUUCGGAAGUCAUAAGGAAUGUUAUACACAUACAGCGACGUAGCCGGAAGAAUGUCCCCUCCCGGCUACCCCUCAAAAUGUUUAAACAGUACACAAUGCAAGUAAUUAAAUGCAGUUUACUGCACCGUUGAAAUAAUAUAUUAAUACAUUUAUACGAUUGUUCAAUUAUCGUCUAAUUAAAUUACUGAACGAGUUUUUUACGAGCUUUUAUUUACCCUUAAAAGUUCCACUUCCAGCGCGGUUUGGAAUACCGGCGCCAUUUAGCGAAUGUAAACGGUUGUUGAAUUAACCCCGUCCCUUUUCCCGACAAUUGCUUGCGGCUACGUCACUGUAAUAUACUGUAUACAAUAUAUUUUAGUGACGAGCGAUGACUUAUCUAUAUUAUAUUAAAUUGGCAUUGGUGAAGAGAACCGUGUAAAGUCUUCGGCGUCGCAUAGGUAUACAUAAGACGCGUGUCCAUUAUUUUGGAUGUUGGCCAGCGGCAGCCGCUUCCUUGCUCUCCCCCCAGCGGCAGCAGCAGUGGCAGCAACAGUCUUUAGGUGUAUACCUAUUCGGGAUUAACUAUAUGACGGGUUCGUACGUCUUGUCGUCUUAUAACAGCCGACUUCCCCCAAAACCUUGAAAACGUACGCGUCUCCUGUGAUGCUGCACGAUGGGAAUUAAAUUAUGAAAGAAACAAUGCACGUGCGCGCAUUUGUGUGUGUGUGUGUGUGUAUAUUACGAGUCGAGGAACAAUAAUAUAUUAUAUUAUUAUUGUCAGAGGCCUGUGUAGUGACUGAGCUCACGUAAUGCGAGGUUGCCAUACUAUAUUAUUAUGUAUGCGUGCGACCGGUUGCCCUUGACAUCGAGCAAAGCGCGUUUUUUUUCUUUUUUUUGGUCCAUCACGCGUCUUCCUUCUCGCGCGCCGCGCCAAGAAGAGAACCACCACGCUGCCCGCUAUAACCAACCGUUUAUAUACCUACUCGUAUAAUAAUAAUAAUAUUAUUAUACCGCGUUUUUCGCAUGCGAAUAUAAUAUGCAUGUACUUUUACCCCCUCGGGGCCGUAAUAAGGGGUUCAGGGCGAAAUGAGGAUAUUUGCCCCGGGACGUUUCAUCACGGUAAAAUGUUGAGGUGCCCAUAUUGUUAAUUAUAGUGAAUCGAAUAAAUACAAAAAAAAAAUGAAAAAAAAUAUUGAAAAUCCUUACAAAUUUCCAUCAAUUGAAAUAUAGCGCUAAAUAAAUUUACACCAUAUGAUUUUAUGCUCAAACGCAGUGGUGAAAACUUAUAUUCCGUACUCAAAAUAGUUAAAUCCUACUUUCGUUCGUCACUAGCGAAUGAUAAUACAUUAUUGGUAUCACUUUUAUGUAUGCGAGCAGAAACAAUUGCAAAGAAUAUCGAUUGGAGUUAGUAAGUAUUAGGGGGAAAAAAGCAAGAAAACAAUAAUUUGUAUGAUUUGUCAACUACCUCUAUGUUUUAUCAAUUUAUAUUUCAUAAAUAUUACACUUAUAUAGUUUAAAAAGUUUUAAAGAAAAUUAUAAAUUCUAUUUUACAAUUUUUAGUUAGACACUUUUUGCACAUUUUUUAACCGGAGUGCCAGAUGGCUUAACGCGAUUCUGUAUAUCUCUCGGUCACAUAUUCGAUAAUUAGAGAUGCAUAUUUGGUUUUUUGCCACCUAUAAGACAUGUUUUCUUAUACAGUUCCCUCCGGAAUAGCCACUAUUUAGGGGGUGUUUCGGAAUCGUUAAAAAAAGCCAUAAUAAUUUUAAUUUAUUUAAAUUUAAACACAUUAUGUAAUUCAAUUUUGUACCAGCGACAUGUUAAAAAAAAAGAAAAGCAUUUACAACAAAUUCGUCACUGAUCCCAAAAUUAACGCCCCUUCAGCUUACCUAACUGUACGUCAAAUUCGUCAAUGAUACAAGCAUAAAAUCAUUACUAUAUAAUAUUAUGUGGGCAUUAUAUUAUAAUACCCAUAUACAUAUAUAUAUAUUCUCGUAAUGGAUUAUUAUCAUAUUUCAUUUAUAACAAUGCUAGGCAGUGGAUUGGACCCGGUGGACAUACCGUCGCCGUCGCGGCUAUAAGCGUUCUCUUUACGUGGGUGUAAUGAACUCUUGCAGUGUCUGAAUCGAGGUGUGGAUUUCGUUAUACUAUACCUACAGGUACAUGCUGUUAUGCUGAACGACGUCGGUAUUUUUUUUUUCUUUACUCGACAUCCGAUUUUCGUCGGGACCGGCGUAAAUUUGUGCUAUAUGCCUGACAGAAAGCCUAUAAAAAACAUUGUAUAUACUUUACGCGUUAAUAUGAACUUUAAUAAUAAAUACAAUCGAAUAUAUUUUAAUUUAUCUAGAAAUACGCCUAUAGUUAAGCUCAUUAUUUGAAUUACCGAAUUGUUUUUGAAAUAUUAUGUGUACUUUUGUUUAAAAUUGAGUAAUGAAUAUGAUCGUGUGUUACAGUAUUAAACCAAUUUGGCAAAUUGAGAAUAAUAAUUAGGGGUCGACUGGUCGAGAAAUUGAAUCCUACCGAAAUCGGAGUUUUUAGGGCUGUUUUUUUUUUCAAAUUAUUUUAAUAGUUACAAUAAUGUAUUACAUUCUUAGAGUGUUCCUGAAAUGGUUUAGAAAAUGCGUUUCUGAGAUGUAUUUGAAACUUUUAGUUAAAUUACAGAACAAUGUUCCUAAAACAUUAAAGGAACGAUACGUUGCACAGUGAUGGGUAGAUAGGAUUAGAUAGCUUUAUUAAAAAUUCUAAGAGACGUUGCGUGUGGAGGUUUAUUUUGUAGUGACUUCAAUGACGGGCAUUGUUAAAUGCAAGUGAGAGUAAAAUAUUAUUAUAAAUAAACACAGUUUAUAUUAUUUUAUGGUAUUAAGAAAUGACUUGUUAAGACCAAGGAACUUUAACUAUUUAACAUAUUGAAAUACUAAAUAAAUUAGAAUAAUAACAUACAUGCCUUCACACAUUUUAAUAGUUUUAUGAUUUUAUCUCUAACUAUUCAAGUUGCCAUUGAAUUUUUUAUAGUAUUGUUUUUCAAUACUUAACAUAACCUCGUCAAUUUUAUUACAAUAAUUAAUUUUAUGUUUUUUGUACGUAAACAUAUUAUAAUUCAUAUCAGAACCAUUAUUAUUAUUAUACUAAAGGUAAAAAUUCUAAAAAAUAUAUGAAAGAAGGUACCUUAUAUCAGGAUUUUUUAUUUGUAAUUUAUACCAAAAUUCAAUUAUCUUUAUAGUUUUCAUUUUUCUAGAUUAAACAAAUUUCAAGCCCUUCACAAUUGAAUGUUAAAUUUUUGAAUAAUUCAAAAUUGACACAUUUAAUUUGUUUUUUAUUGGUUUCUGGUUACCAUUUUUUAUGCGAAUUAAAAAAAAAAUUAAUUAAUUAAUAUUUUUCACGGGCCAGUUAGUUUGAAAAUCAUAUUUCGUUGAAAAAUAAAGCAAACUAUUAGCUUAUUAUAAUUAAUACGUUGUUGUAAAUUCGGCCACCAUGCUAUUGUUAGCGUUGGUUCGAGUCUAUUGUUGCGAUAGAUAGAAAAGUGUUGGUGAAAAUAAUAUGUUUAACUGUGUUCAGAAUAAUUGUUUGUUCGCAAUGUUUUAACGUUUCUAACAGUAAUAAUAUUGUCUGCAUACUCCUAUUCCACCUUCCCAAGUAAAUCGGUGGCACUCCCAUGGUAUAAACUGUAAAGCGUUUCCUACCUUUUUUUUUCUUUUGCUACGAAUUUUUUUUUUUAUGACGAUAUUUUAUCUCUAUAUUAUUGUUGUGUGAAUUUUAACUAUACAAAGUGAGCCAUCGUGUUUUCGAAUUCACAGCAAACGCACAAAAAAUCCGAAUAUAUUUUUGUUGGAAUUAUUUGGGUUUAUUACAUUGGUACGCCAUAUCGGUAUCGUAUUUAAUGAAAAUGUUUAAAUUUCCUUAUAGCGUUGAGUAUAUUACAUAGGUAGGUUACACCUACCUAUGUUAUAGUUAUUACCUAUAUUACAAAUUAUUUCUAUGAUAAUUUAAUUUCAAAAGAAAAAAUGUGACUUCUAAUGAACAUGAUACGUAUAAUAUAGUUUUUGCGAUGGCUAGGUCAAUGUUAUUUUAUAAUAUACUGCGCAUUUUAAAAUUUCUAUUGACCCAUCAUUAGCUUCAGGAAUUACACCUACAAUAGUUUUAUUUGUUCGUUUCAAGGUUAUUUUGUAUGUGUAUAUAAUAUAUUAACUCGUAUAAUAUGAUACAACGAUAAUACAUAGUAAACACUAUUAAUAACCAUUAAAAGUUUACCAUUAUCCAUUGCCAUUUGAUAUAGAAAAAAAAAAUGCAAUAUUUUGCUUUUAUCAUCACAAAGAAAUUAUAAUGAUAUUUUGUUCUUAUACAAAUCACUAAACGGCAAAAUAGUCUGUUCUGAACUUUUAAUUUUUGAACACGCCAAAUAAACACACGUUGUACUAACACUUUUUAUGCCGACGAUAAUAAUUGUAAAAGUAAUUUUAUCUUAAACAAUUACAUAAACCGUACAUUAAGAUUUAGUAAUACACAUUAUGAAUAAUUUUGAUUUUUUUUUUUUAUAAUAAUAUUACCCCUUAAAACAUUAUUUAUACACAAUAAAAUGAACUGUUUAUGAAUUUAUUGCAUUCGUAAUUAAAACUGUACUCUCUUCCUACCGGACAUAAGAAAUUAUAACAAUAAUAAUUGCAUAUGGAGAAAUGUAUCACAAUAAUUACGUUGGUAAAAGUGUUUACUUUAAUUUAUUUAUCUGAUUUUGCAUAAUAUAAUUGUUAAUAAAUAUGUUUGCAUGCAUACAGGCAUAGUUAACUUUUUCACCAUAGGUAAUUAUUAGGUAAUUAGGUAAACAUAUAUAAAAAUAUAUAGUGUGUUUAACUAGAAAAAAAAAAUGAAAAUCCGUAUUAAAUUAUAAUGACUUUAUAUUUGAAAACGGUAAAAUGAAAUACUUCGCACCAUAAGCGUGCCAUUGUUGUAGCCGAGAAAUUGAAUCAUUGCUAAUGAAAAACGGUUCUGAGCGAAGUUCUGUUAAACGUGAUUUGAUCAACUUGAAUUGAAAAUUGUAUUAAUUUGCAACCACAAAAUUAAUUUGAGUUAUUCGUUUUAUUUUGACUUAAAUUUUUGAUCAUUUUUAUGGAUCGAAAAAUGUAAACAUAUUAUUUUAUUACAUUAUUAAUUAUCUAAACACUAUAUUAAUAUUAACGACAUAUUGUAUUACAUUACAACAAUGCUAUUUCAUUAUACAUAACUAGGGAAACGGUAUAAUGUGUUUCUCAUACAAAAAAUUAUAGAUUAUGUCUGCUGUUGAUAGUCGACAGUGCUACCAUAUAACAUCAUCCCUUAAAUUUAAUACAACUCAUAUAAAUACACAAUUUAAAUGUAACAUAUUUAAAGUAACAUUUUUUAUUAAUAAUGCAUGAUACAAACACAUAAUAAUAAUAAUCCUAUAAUAAAGGUCUAUUAGGGACCUUUAUUUAUUAUCUAAUUCUUUAUUAGAGUGUAUAGGAUGCUUUUUAUUGACUAAAUUAUUCUACUUACAAAAAUCUAACAAUAAAGUCAGUAUACAAUUAUGCAUUAUGUAUAUGACCCAAUGCAUAAUUGUAUAAUACAUAAUUGUAGUACAAAUUCUUGGGAAAUAUUUUUUUUAUACAUGUUAAAUCCAUAGCUCCCAAAAAUUCAAUAUUAAAUCCACCAUACGCUUGUGUUGUAUCAUUUAAUUUAUUUAUAAUUUCAAAACAUUUGUUUUACUAAACAAUUUAAAUGGUAAAAUAUUAAUAUCAAAUUCAUUGAUAUUAAUUUUUUUAAACCUCCCCUUAUUUGUACUAGAAUUAAUAAAACUAUGAAUAUCAAACAUAUUUACAUAAACUAUGUUUAUAACGGGUUCCAUAUCAUGAUUACAAAAUAUUGUAUUCAUUUAUUCGAUUCUGAACAAUCUGCAUCACACAUUAAUUAGAUGAAUUGAUUAAAAAGACGGUGGGUGUUAAACCAAUUCAUCUAUGGCUUGUGUUAACUUGUUUUUAACUUGGUUGUAGGCUCUGCAGUGUUACCAUAACUACGUCAUACCUAAUCUAUCAUUUGACGGGGGGUAUUUCCUAUAUACAUAAAAACAUAUUAUAAUGAAAAAUAAAUUAUACAUGUAAAUCAUUAAUCGAAAUGAUUGCAUAAACAAAUAAGAUUAUUUAUAAUUAUUAAUUAGUAAUAAACAAUAUUUGAUAAUAAGAUGUAAAAAAAAACAUUUGAUUUAAAUAUGAUCUAAAAAUAAAUUAUAUUAAACACUCUUAAAAAAAAAAGAAUAAGCAAAUGAAUAUAUGAUAUUUUAACCUUGUGUUUUGACUUUUAUUUGUAAAAGUUUAAGUUACUUAAAUGCCAUUAACUUGCUGUGUACUUGGGUAUGCUAAAUCGAAGUGGUCUUCAACUAGCAUCUAAAAGUGUUUUCAAAAUCGUCAAACUUAUUGAACAAUACUUUAAAUGCAUAAUUAUUGACAAAAAGCAAUUAUUUAUAAAAAGUAUGGAUCAAAAAAUUAUGAUAAUGGUUCUAAACUCUCUUGCAUUAUGUUCAAAUUUACUUCCAGAAAAAAAUAAAUGUUUUGAAAUCACUGAUAUGUAUUCAUGUCCACACAAGAUAAAUAUUAUUAACCUAGUAAGCCGUAUGUAUUUAAAUAUCCGCAGGUACACACUCUCACAGCAAAAUUUUAAGUUCUACUAUUUUGAAAGCUUCUGUCAACAAAAGACAAAAGUUAUAUAAAACAAUUCUGUUUAAUAACUUGUAGUCAUAACUUUGUUUAUAGAAAUAAAGUUAGUUCUUUAAAUGUUUUUGGCUUUUUGAGAUACUUAAGUAACAAGUUUUUUUUUUGAUGUGUAAAUAAAAUAAAUUAUUAUGUAAAAUAGAAAUAAUUACGUUAAUUAUUAUUGAAAAUACUUCGAGUUCAUGAAUUAUGAUAAAAUUUAUCUGUGUAUAAUCACAACGAUACAAAAAUUGAUAAAAUACCAUAGCCUUCAACCAACACGGUGAAAAAGUAGCGUCGCCCGGCCUGCUUGUAAAUUUAUACUAGUUAACAAUUUAGUUUAUUAUCUAUAUCUGUGACGACACGGCACGACACGACACGGUGUAAUGUGAACCCACCUUUAUUAUUAUCGAACAUCACUAUUGAUAAUGUACUGUUAAUCUGGUUAAUCUAUUCUGUGACCAUACUAUUAACUACUACUGUGAUGAAUCGAUGGGAUACAAGAUAUUCUGUACCUGCGUUGGUAAUAAUAUAAAACAUAUAACUUAAAAGAUGUUCAGUAAACUAAUCGCACUGAUCGAAUAUAACUCUGUUUAUAAUGCAUUAAUGCAUUUGGAAAUUAACACGAAAAUUUCUCUUUAAUACAGCUUUUACUCCAUGAUAAUGACUUAUACUUAGUUUUAUUGGAAAGCGUACGGAGUUGAAUAGAUUUAUGUAAGUCGUAUGACUCUACAAAAGUAUCUGUAUACCACACGCGAGCUUAGUUGAUAAUAUUAACGUUUUAAAUGUUAAGGUUAGUUAAGUUUUAUUGGUAUAUAUAUAUAUAUAUAUAAUAUCUAUAAGUAUAUUUUUUUUUUGCCAAAUAGAUACAAUUAUACUUCACAGUUGGAAUGUUACUAUUAUACGUUGAGACGUGUUAUAAUAAUGUUGUAUAUCAUAGUCGAUAAUGAUGAGUUAGAAAAAAAUAACGUAAUACGUUAUAAUAUGUACAAUACGAAUAAUAUGAUAAAUCUAGAGAUUGGAUGUUGGGCAUUCGUAUCAAGCCAGUAUAUUAUUCAUUACUUUCUCGUAUACUCGUAUGUAUAUUUUUUUUAAACGCGUACAGGCUAUACGAAUUUAAAUGGAAAAUAAAACGUCACAUUUAAGAUUAGAUUAUCAUUUUAUCCAUACUCAAUCAAAACUGAACCGAAAACAUUUUUGUUUUUUUCCAAAUCCGAAAGCAAUAAAAAAACAAUUUUUGUGGAUGCGUAUAGCUCGUUGUUUACUUCUAAAAACAGUCAACCAGAAAAAACGUUAGUGCAAUAAAUAAUAGGUGUUUAAAGACAUUUUUCUGUUGCUUUUAUUUCGAACUCGUCGUCUACGUCCAAUUUCGUAUCUAUAACUGCACACAAAUCGAUUACGAAUAUUUUAUUUUCGUCGAAACCCGUUUUCCGAAAUAUCCAAUAACAUUCAUCAGAUGAUUCGAACAACUUUUUUCGAGUAAUUUAUUUAUUUAAUUUUAGACUCUGAGUGGAGCAAAGAAACUUAUGGUUUUACAAAGAUGUUUAUUUUUUUUUCUGUGGUCAACUUUUUUACCAGCAAUUAUACUCUAACUUAUAAUAAUAGCUAUUUUCUAACUGGAAAUUUCAUCGGAUAGGUACUUUAAAGAGGUCAUUUUUCGAUUUUCUUAGGAGUUUCUCAUUUCUCAUCAAAUGUGCAAAACCGAAAAAAAAAAUGAAGGAAAAACGUGAAAAUAUAAAAAAUGUUGGUAUUAGCUAAAAAUAUUACGGCCUUCUUUUUUCUUCAACUUUUCUACCAGCAAUUGUGCUCUGAUUUACAAUAAUAGCACUUUUUCUAAAGGAAAUCUAACUGGGAAGGUACUUAAGGGAAACCAUUGUUAGAUUUUCUCAAUAGGUUUCCAAACAAAUGUGAAAAACCAUGCAAAAAUAUGGGAAAACCGGGAAAAACAUAGGAAAAAUGAAAAAAUCGGUACAUUAAACAAAUAUUAUUAAAAAAUAUAUAUAUAUAUAAUGCCUAUUUUACUCUAACAUGACAUAUAUAUAUUGUUGACAGAGCAGCACUAUCAACUGAACUACACUCAGAAUCGUUUUUUCGUUAGCAAUGGUUUAUCGAUGCUUACAGAUAUACAUUAAAUUAUUUAUAACAGUGGCUGCACCUGAUCCCAAUAACUUAGGACGUAUUUUAUUUAACUUGGCGAAAAUUGAACUGACGUGAUUAUAAUAUUAAUUGGACAUUUCCUCGCGGAAUAUAUUAAUUUCGUUGAAUACGAAAAGAAUUGUUGAUGAAAUUAGAAUUAUUAUUAUUUUUUUUUUUUUUUGUACGCGGUUAGGUUAUACUCUGUAAUUGAAUCGAUUCAAUUUCGUAAAAUACAAAUAUUUUAAAAUGUCCGUAUUAGUCACUAAUAAUUGAACGUUACUGCUGCAAUGGUUGGUACUCAUUUAUCCUAUUGUGAAAUGUACAGACACACCUACAUUGUGAAACAGCAAAAAACAUUGAAAACACACCGGAAAUUUUUUUCUGAAUUGAAUUAUUUUGUAGAUUAUUCUGAAAUAAUAGCCGUAAAUAUUUUUGAUACAUUUAUGCUGUAUAAAUUACGUACGAUUUUUUACUUACAAUAUUAUUAAAGUUAAGCAUGUAUUAUGUUUAUUAACUUUGUUAAAGGUGUUUUUUUUUUUUUUUUUUGGUUUUUUCAUUUGCUUAUAAUAACUAUUUAGCAGUUUUUUAAUAAUAAUAAGCUCGUUACUACACGAAAAAUGUUUUACCCUGUGUGCAAUUUUAGUAACUCUACUAUAAUAAAAAAGUUAUCAUGUGCAAACCCGUUUUUCCGUACACGUUUUUAGUUUAUUUCACAAUUACAUUAUACUCGUAAAAACGACACAGCAGUGUUAGAUCGUUAAUUUUAAAAUGAACAUGAAUACUUUCGAGUCGGUCAAUUUUUUAAUUUUCGAAAAUGUCAAAGAAAUUACCUAUACGCAACCUCUUAAAUAUUUUCUAAAAACAAUUUCGAAAAUAUUUCAAGUUAAUAUAUUUUAAUUCGAUUUUCUUGGUGUAAUGCGAUGACUAUUUUAAAAUAUUUGUCAAACACCUUUGGGCGUGAUACAGAUUGAGAAACAGAUUUGGAUUUGCAAUAUUAUACGACGCGGUUGCCGGGCGUAAUAAUAACACACAAUAGUAACCGGACACGCUUUUACGGAUGACCAUCAUGAGUAUUUCCAUACAUUUACAAAAAUUGCGUGUGAUUUAAACGAAAAAGUGAUUUUUUUUUUAUCAAACGGUCAAGUCACACAAUGUAAUGUAUUUCAUCAUAGUUCUAUUAUAUGGAUUUUCGAAUAUUAUAAUAUCAUUAAAAGUUUCACUUAACCCGGUGCCGGCGCUGAUUUACUGAAUUUUUUCCAAUUUUGUAAAAUUAGAUAGUUAUUUUCAAUAUUUUAAUGACCACCUUAAAGGUUAGAUUUUUCCACUUAUCUACUGUCCAAUACCCAUUUGAGGGGAAGUGAUAAGACCGUUGUUACGGACGAAAAUGGUUGCGAGAAUAAGGAUAACUCAUCGAAUAACUCGACAAACAACAGUCCACAGAUUGCACUGAACUCUGAUUUUUCAUUCAAUUUCAAAUAAUAGUAUGAACAAAUUGAUGAAAAAAAAAAAGUAAAAUAUUUACAUUUUUCAAAAUACAUAUUAUAAUUUAUAAUGUUUGCGAUGGGAAUCGAACAUAUUGAAAAACGGAAAUCAGUGCAGUAUGUAUAAGAAGUCUUCUUCUUUCCAAAAAAUAAUUUAUCAUAGAAACCUAUAUAUGAUACGAGACAUGAAAGUGUUUCCCGUCAAGCAUGUUUUUGAGCCAAUAAUCUGGCCACACCUAAUAGCAUAUUGAUUUGUAUUAUUUAUCCUCUUUUUUCACGUCCAUGUUGAGAACCCUUGAUGGAAAGUGGUGCACGACUCUCGACAUUUUUACAAUCUAUACGUAUUGUAAACGCCCGUCUGAAGAUUCACUUUCAUACGAUUCACCUUCUAUAUUGGUAUUUUUUGAUAUGAACAUAGAAAUCACGCGCAAUUUUAAAAUGUAUUAAAUUCUCUUAACAGAAUGCGUGUAAUUAAAAUAUUUGUGUACAAUAAUAUUAUUUUUCCCAUAACAUCUGCCCUCUGUGCACGCCACUGGUCGGUCUAACCCAUUGCAAUAUCUUUGUGUAUCGUAGAAUUAACUUUUUUCGAAAUUUUGUUUAACAAUUUAAAAAACAAGCAACUCUCUCUAACAUGUUAAAUUACCGUUAUUUUUCGACCAUCUACUUUUGAUUUUAAACAUAUCUUAAAUUUUCCAAAAAAAAAAAAUAAAAUAAAAAAUCCGAAAAAAGUCAACACUUUCCGGGUUAUCGAAAUGUGGGAAAAAUAAAUAUUAUAUUUUUCAACUAACUAGGUUUAUAACAAUAAUAUUAUUGCAAUACAUGUACGAGCCACGAGGUAUUAUAGGUACAUUUGUCAAUAUAUAAUAUAUAAUAACAAUCGUUACACAUAGAAAUCGGAUGUGUUUAAAAUAGUAGGUCAUACGAAAACAUCGAAAUUUCUCCAGAACGAUGACCGGUAUCAAUUUCUUCUCUGUGGCGUUGAAAGAAAAAAAAAACCGGUUUACUUGGCAAUAUUGUAGUUAUAAAUACAUUUAGAAGAAGGCAGUUCAGUUUAAAAUUAACCAUAAUAAUUAAUAGCAAAACGCAACGCAGUGUUCGUAUCGAGUAUAUAAUAUAAUACAUAAUAUAGGGAAAUGCUAUGGGUAUGGCCAUGUUAGUAAUUUGUAUUUCGUUUUGUUUAUUUGAAUUUAGUCGUCACUACCAGCAUCGACUCGGCGGGUUCCGAUCUAGGUCAAGUUCACGAUGCCUUUUUCAUCGGGAUCGAAGAUGAAGCUAAAGAACGGUUGGAACGGCUGGCUGCUAGCAAACGUAUCAUACCAGUUGACAUUACUAAAUUGGCUCAUCAGGUAUAUUAUGUUCAAUAUACAAUAUAAUAUUUUGUUAAUGAUUAUUAAUAAUCGUGUUCAGUAAGCAUGAUUAUUGUAGCGAUUAUAUUAAUAAUUAUUUUUACCUAAAGAAAUAACGUUAAUUGUUUGCCGACUCGUGUAAUUAUUACAAUAGUACAAAAUUGAAAAUUUCUAUGCCCGUGUAUAUUUUUUUAAAUCGUUACAUUUAUACCAUUUCGUUCAAUUAAAACAACAUAUAUAUGUAUACACGAGUAUUAUAAUGUAAUAAUUAUUACGAGUCGUUUACUUUCCAUUCUUAUAUUAUACUGAAACAUAGGUAAAAAGUUGAAAUGAACAUAAUGAAAACUAAAAGGCGGUGAUGUAUGAUAAUAAUUUGAAUUAAUAAUUGUACAGGUAGGUGGCAGACACAAUUAAAAUAAGAAAAAAAUAAACGUAUACAUACUACGUAGGUACGCAUAUGCGUUUUAACGUUAAGUAAUGUGUUGAGUUUAUUAUUUUCUUUAUACAAUUUCUCACACAUGUUACAAUUAUAAUAAAAAUUACAUUUAUAUUAGUGCAUUUUGUUAUUUUAACGAGUUGUUUAAGUUAAAAUUAUUUACGAGUACGUGGCUGAAAAUUUAAUGUACACUGCAGACUGAAGUAACAUUUAUAUUAAGAUGUCCCGAAGGAUGUAUAUCACUGCGUGCAUAUUUUUAUAAAUUUCGUGUAAACAAGUAUUCAAGUAAUUUACAUAAUAAAGUAUUGUGCAACAUAAUGUUCGUAUUUAAUGCAAUAAAAUAAAAUAAUUUUAAUUUUUUUUUCUCCGUAGAAUUCCGGUAAAAAUUGUAUAAAUUAUUUCACUGGAAAUACAAUGUUGUUGCUAUAUUAUUAUUCUGUUGCAUGGACGGCUUUUUGUAUAUGCAAUUUAAAUUACACAAAAGCAAUCUAAUUAGUAUAGUCUGUACGGAUUAUUUAUUUAUACGGUAUACUUCAUUAAAGUUAAUAAUAACUAGCGAAAUAUUAUUGCAAUUAAGAAAUAUUUACAUAAUAUUAAUUCGGGAAUCAUCUUUACACAGAUAUUGUUCUAUACAAAUUAAGAAUAGAAAUUAUCAUAUCAUUCGUAACAGAAUAUGACAUCGUUUCAUCGUUACGGCCGGAAAAAAAAAAUUUUUAUUUUAAGGGAAUUGUUGUUAACUGUGUAAAUAUUUUAGUGGAUUUUGACCAAAAAAUCGGCGAAAGCCAAAGGCGAAACUGUUGGAAUUGUGUGUGAUGGAUUUUGAUUUUCAGAACGGUUUAUGAUUUAAUAUAGCCUACACUAGGGUAUAUAUAUUGGCAAUAUAAAUUUAAUUGUUCAACUGAACAUUAUGGAAAAAAUUCCAAUGUAUCCUAGUGAAAAUCCUAAAUAAUUAUAUGUUUCAAAAAUCCGUCAAACCCAAUUCCUACAGUUUUUUCUGGUUCUCGGUGUAAAACGUCAUCGUGCAUUAGAUGAGUGGAAAAGUCAUGGUAUUAACGUGUGAUAUUAAAUUGUUUUAAAAUUUUACGAAAUUGGAAAAAAAAUUGAAAACUAUCAUCAUAGUAAUUUUUUUUUUAAAUCGCUACUUAUACACGGUCAUACAUUAUAAAAAAGUACAAGUUUGGUAAUUAUAAUUAGGUAUGCAGUAUAAAAUAUUUGUUAAAUAGUUACUAUUUAGUCAAUUAUACUCUGUUAAUUUUUUAAUAUUACAAAUUGCUUGUGUAUUAAUAUUACUAAACUCGUACCCAUUUACAAUGUAUUUAAUAAACUAUUAUCCUUAGUAUUUACUAUUUAAAAGAAAAUAAUUAAGACAUUUUCAGAGAAAUCAUUUGUUUUACAAUUUUCAUUAAAAUAUGUAGGUUUUUGUUUUUGAAAAAUCAAAAUUGGUAUCGCCACAGUAUCCUUGUAUUUUCUGCAAAAUCUUUGUUUUCGAAAAUAUCGUUUUACAAAUUUGAAAAAUCCGUGAAAAAUGUAACCAUAACGAUUAGAUGAUUAUGUUUAAAAAAAAUCACUUUGUAUACUAUAUCGGUAUUUAUACGUCAUUUAAAUUAUAUUUUUUUUUUUUUUGUUUGUUUUUCAAUUUAUUUCCCUCUUAAUCGCCCAUUUAAAAACCCUUAGUCAGACGCGUGAUGGGUUGAACAUUAUUUUUACCUAGGUGAUUAUUUUCAAUGUCUCGUUUAUCGCACGCAGUUUUAUUUACGAUUAUUACUACGAGACGUCGCGCGUCGUCGGCAUCUACCUUCAUUAACCACCUUAUCAAAUAUCAAUAAUCAGUGAUUGUUCGUUUUCGCUGGCAUUUUUCUUAGUCGUUAGUUGAAUAACCCCAAGCGUUUAUAUCGGUAUUAUAUACAUUAGGAAAUAUGUACACAAUACACACGUUGCAUUUUUUUCUUUUUCAUUAGCUUAAAUUUAUUUUGCAACGUAUUAUAUUAUGAUAAUAUAUUUACACGAAUUGUGUAUAGAACAAAAAUGCAUGUGCAAUUUCACAGAAAAAAAAAAAAAAAUGACAAUGAGAAAUCAUAUUAUUAUUUAUUUUGUAAAUGUUUGAAACUCGAAUUCGGUUGGUAUGUUAAAAGCAGAAUUUAAUUUUUAGUUGAAAAUUGAUUAUAUAUAUAUGUUAUUUGGCCUAUUAUUUUUAGUUGGGUGAACGUUUAUCUUCUCGCGCUAGAAAAGAUAGCCGAGGGUUUCAAAAAAUGAAAAUAACAAAAACGUAACGAAUAUCUAUAAAGAAAAAAAAAAAAACCAAAAUCCUUAAUAUAUAAAUGUUUAGGAUAGAAAAUUUAAAAAAUUAAAUCGAAGUUAAUUAUAUUUUAUUAUUAUUCCUCAAUAAUAUCCUCUUUUAUUUGCAAAGUUGAAACUGUAUGUAUCAGAAAAACAUUUUCGCCGUCCACUUCAACUCAUGCACAACCACUGCUAGGUACUAAAGGUUUACUCUAAGAUCUAUUUACCACCACUGCAACCACGAGAUGGGUGAAAUGCAGUUUCGAAGAAAAGUGAAUAAUAUUCACGAAUAUAAAUUUACUUUCUAUCAGUGCUAUCUGUCGCUGUACCGCCCGGCGUGACAUUGUCUGUGUCUAGUGUUUUCAAUUAAUGAUAAUAGUAUUUUGCAAGGAUAUUAUCAAAAACGGAUAAUAUUCCAGUAGGUUAAGUAAUUUUUAGAUUCUGAGCGAGAAAUUUAUUAGUUUUACAAUGAUAUAUUUUUUUCUGUGAACAACUUUUCUAUAAGAAAUUUUGUUCUAAUUUUCAAGUGUAACAAUUUUUUUGGAAAAAAAUUUGAUUGAGAUGGUACUUAAGGGAGGUUAUUUUUUUAUUUUCUCAAAGGUUUUCAUAAUAAAUGGGAAAAAUUGGGAAAAUUUACGAAAUGUAUUAUUUUCAAGUCGUAAUUAUUAUGGCCUUUCAACACAUUUAUAACCGAACUCUUCUCAGAAACGUUUUUCGUUAGCAAAGAUUAAUCAUUGCAUACAGAUAUAUGUUAAAUUUCUCUAUGUAUCCUAGUUUUCCAACUCCUCAACCUACAACAGUGGCUUACCUAUCGUCCAAAAUAUGUCCGUAUAAUUUUUUCUUCGUAAUGUAUAGUUAGAGGUUCAAAAAAAGGGCAAAAGGUUAAAUGCUAUUAAAUCAUAAACGCAUAACGGUCAUAAUCAUUCAUGUGUUCAAAUCUAGAUAAAUAAUUUUUAUAGCUUAUCAAUCAAUAAUCGCAGUAUUAAUUAAUAAUAUUACUCAUAAGUUUUAUAUUAUUACACGUUUUUGUUAAACAAAAAUUGAUAAUUUGUGAAAAAUCAAAUAUAGUUAUUUAAAUUAAAAAUAAAACAUAUACCUUCAAGAUGUUUUAUUAAUACAAUUCACAUUAUUGGUAACAGUCCAUAUGUCUUAUAUUUUAAUAGAAUAUAUUCUUUGCAAACUUAACUAUAGUUAUAUUAAUUAAAAUGACUAGUAAAAUCGUAUUUUAAUUUAAAAUGACAAUGUAUAGGUAUAUUUUAAACGGAAUUGUAUUAUGUUAUCACUUUCGGUUGGUAUUUAAAAAAAUAUUCAAUUUUGUGAGAACAUUAUCCUUUCAAACUUUCAAAUAUCUACUAUCCGUGUCAAUUUAAUUUCUAAAAUUUGGAAAAAUCUAUUCAAAACAGAAAUCAAUUAAUGAAAUUUAAUAUAACGUGUCUCGCUGUUUAUGUCCCUGCCCCUGUCUUAGUUAAUCUUCAUGUGACAUUGACUGUGCCAAGUUAAAUGGCAGUCGAAGUAUCCCCUCCCCCACACACACCCUUCUCCUAAUCCAAUUUUCACCACUAUAAUAUAAUGUCAGUUCUUGCGCAUCUAUAGCUAUCCUCACUCGGUGUAUUUUAUAGUCCAUGACAACUAAAUUAAAUAACAAUAACUGGGAACCACAAGAUUUUAUAGCGUCAUAUUAUAUCAUUUUAUAAGUCACCCUUUAAGUAAAAAGUGAAUAAAUCGGAUUGAUAAACCCAAAAUUUUCAUUUUUAAAGCAUAUUAUUUUAAUGUAUACAAUAACUAAAUUAAAGAAGUUAAGUCUUAUAAGACAAUGGGGGAAAAAAAAACAUUAAAAAGUUUGGGGUUCGAACGUGAGACCUUAUAGGAAAUAGGAAUGUAACAGGAAUGUGGCUGGACCGACGUAUUUAUAGUGUACAACGGUAUAUUUUCGGUAUAUAUUUUAAUAUAACGAUACAGAUUUAUUAUAGUAUAUUAUGUUUUUGAUUAUUUUUGGCCGUCCCAUUAACUAUAAUUAAAAAGACCUUCCCCGAUACUCCAUUAAUUUAUUUGUGAAAACCGUACUAAAAUCCGUUAAAUACUUUUCGAAAUAUACGCGUGAACAGACAAAAAAUGGGCAUCUACUUUAUAAUAUAAAAUCCAGAAAUAGAUUAAAGUUUAUAUGUCUUUUUUUUAUGAUGUUUGACAAAAUUAUAAUUAUAUAGUACGAGUAUAAUACUUACUCGUUUUAUUUUCUUUGAAUUUAACAAUUUCGUUCUACGGCAUCACGUUAUUUAUUAGUGAAAAAGUUAAAAAUUUGCUAGAAUUUCUAGAAUCUGGUUUAUUUUUACUCGUCAUUUGCUGGUGGUUUACUGUAAUGGGAAAUGAUUUCCGACAGUGAAAUAUGAGCGAUGGUCAAAGACUUCAAUUUGAAAUUGGACACCGUACAAUAAAACAAAAAAAUAAAUUCGGUCUGUUUUUGUACCGUCAAGAGAUUUAUGAGCCAGUUAAUUAGACACGUUUCUGGUUUGGCGAAAAGGUUCAAACAUGGCGCCGAAAUGUUUGUUCCCCCGAACCGUCUGGAAAUCUCGCUCUCGCACUCUGUUACUCAUGCAUUUUUUUUUCUUUCUUUUACACGUACGCCAAUAUUAUUAUUAUAUUAAAAUGUAUAGCGAAAUAUAGUUUUGUUUUUACAAAAAUGCCUCGAUUAUAUUGUAAAGAUUCAUUCGAAAUAUAAUCUCGAGUUUUUUUGACUAAUAUUCUCAUUAGUAUUUAUAGGUUUUUAAACACAAUUUUUUUUUUAAAACGUUUUUGAUAUAAUGUUGUGUUAAAUCACUACAACUGUAGUGCUCGGUUGCAAUAAUUAAACACAUUGUAAUAAUAUAAAGACGUGCCACGAAUACUGAGAAUUUAAUUUAGCAAGAUAUUUUCUUUUCAUAUAUAUAAUAUUCAAUAUUUCAUUACUUAUUAGAUUUUUGUAAAACUGUUUAGGUACAUAAUAUUUUUAUUUAGUGUCAUCUCUCUCUCUCUAUACAUAAAUUAUACAAACGUUGUUUCAAUCAGAUAAAGUUACAGUAACAUAAUUAAUAACAAUAUUUUAUAUUAAAAAUUACGACUUAAUACGUUUUUAAAAAAUUUUAACAUACCUACUUACUUACUUAAUUUAACUUAUUUUACUUUACUUGACUUUUACUAUCUGCCUAUACUUAAUAUAACAUUGUCGUUGUUUUUUUUUUAUUUUUAUGAAAUUGAUAAAUUUUUAACUAUUAUAAUUUAUUAUUUUCGGUACACAUCUCCCGUCGUUUAGAUAUUUUAGUUCUAAUUUAAUUUGUUUUUUUUUUUUUUUGGAUUCUGAGCGUUUUUAUAUUUAUAAAUAUUGAUAUUUAUUAUAAUUUUUGAAAAGAAUACGAGAUUUAAUAUUUCAUAGCGAUCUCAACAGUGUUGAAAGAUUGAAACAAUACCUACAACUACGCAAAUAUUAUUACAAUAUCAAAUUAAAAAAACAAUUUUUUUUUUUUUAUGAUUUUGAUUUAGUUGAUGCGUCAAUUGCACCCGACAGCUGAAUUGAAUGAAUUUUUGGACAAUAAAAUUCACAGCGAAUGUGUAGAUUCCACAUGCCCGUCGGACAACGGAAACAAAAUAAUCGAACAAGCCGAUCCCAUAUUAUCCAGAAGGCCAAGUUCACCGUUCAACAAUGGUCUUACGGAGGUCCUUAUCUGUAAAGAUGGCACUGAGAGUAAUAAUAGACUGAAAGCCGUCGACGAGACCAUUGAAACCCAAAACAGGUGAGUCGGUUUAGAUUGUUAUAAUAGUGGUUAUUUUAAUGAUUUAGCGAAAAUUUUUCUCGACAAUGUACACGCUGUAAUGGAUUAUCAAUUACAUAAUAAUAAAUGCUAUUAGGGGCAUUUGAGUUUUGACAUUUGACAUUCUAACCUAACGUAACCGAACCUGACCUAAUCUAUGGAUAAUUAGUAAAUAUAUGAAUGAAUUAUAACAGGUUUUAAAAGAUAUCAAUAUAAUUUGAAUAAUUUCAUAGUUACAUAUUAUUAUACGUAUACAUACCUAAUUAUUAAUCUAUAUAGUUAUUUAAUUUUUAGUCGGAUGUAUUAUUAUAACCUAUAUUUUUAUUUGUUUGAACAUUUCUGUUCAAUUUCAAAUUUGACUUUUUCUCAAUAAGUAUAAUAAUAAAUCAAUUAAUUUUCAGUAACAUUAAAUUAAGAACGAAUUUAACGAACUCUAGCCAAUUAAUAAUUACCCUUGAUGUUUCCAUUGUCGAUCCAUUGGUCACCCGUAAAUUCCUAUUUCUAUCAGAAAUUAUAUAAUUUGGCUUCCCACUCCGAAAAAAAAAAAAUAAAUAAAUAAAAAUAGAAAUAAACCUACAAAAAAUGUAUGUUAAAAUAUUAUAUUAUUAUCCGUGUCACAUUAUUCGUUGAAGACACUAUAUAUUAGAUAGAAAGCUACCUAUAUAUUCGUUUUAAACCGUGUGCAGUAUUAAGCAGUAUUGUACAUACCGUAUAGCUGUUGUAGCGUCGAGCAUAAUAAUAAAUAAAUGCUUUCUAAAUUUAUAAUAAUCGUAAAAAAAAAUAAAUACAUAUAUUUAUAUUUAAGGAUAAGGUGCGUAAAAGAAUGUUCGGGUCGUAAUUAUAUUGCAAUUUUGAGAUUUUGUGUUACAAUACGAAUGUAAUAUUACGUCUACCUACUUAAAAAAAAAAAAAGUCUGAAAAGAUUUAUUAAAUAAUGCGGUCGUUAUUAAAAUAUUAUACCCAAUAGAUUAUCAUUAUUAUUGUAUUAAAACUGUAUAUUUGAAUUAUCUAUAGAUUUUUAUCAUUUGUCAAGGGUUUAUCAAAGAGAAAAAAAAAUAAGAUUCCAGUUAUAAUAGGUGGUCCUAAAACUAUAUUAUAUGCAUUUCAGUUUUUUUUUUCAUUAUUCGCACUGUGGUUUUUUUCCAUCUCCCCAUAUACCCAUAUACUUACAAUUGAUCUGAUUCUGAUAGAUAUCUGAUAUUCUGACAGUAUCUGAUAGAUACUGUCGACAAUUUUUACUUUUUUUAAAAUUACAUGUGUAGAUGGAUAAUACUGUAGACAUUUUUAUGAAUUAUCAGCUGUUUUACAAUUUUUAGAUUCUGAGCGAAGUGCAAAAUAUAUUGAUUUUACAAUACUGUUGUUAUUUCUGCAGUGAGUGUGGACGACUUUUUGACCUGAAAUCUUUCUCCAAUCAAAAGUUUCAUAGAAACUUUCUUGUCGAAUUUUGAAAAUAAUUAAAUUAUUCAUUAGGUCAUUCUUGGUUAUCUUGAUAAUUUUCUUAAUAAUGGGGAAAAACCAGGGAAUAUUUACGCAAAAACGAUUUUCGUUAAUUUCGAUUUUGUUUUUUUUGUUAUUUUGUAAUUCAGUGAAAAAUGUAGAGAUUAUAAUGAACAUCGGAUACCUGUAUUAGUACUUAUUAGAAAUGAUAUCUACAAUUUUCAAAAUAUUUUGUCGUUUUUGAGUUGAAGCUAUUUGAAAUGUUUUGUUUAUUUUUAUGUGGAUAACAAUUGUUUGACUUUGUAUAUAUGAACCAAAUAUAUCGAAAAUCCGUAGGUACAAAUGAUGGAUACAAUUCGUUAAAAUCUCGAACAAUAUGUAUAACAAUAUAACAAUAUUUAUUUCGUAGUUACAAAUAAAUUAAAUUUAUUAAAAACUGUUUAACCAAACUUUGCUCAUAUCGUUUUUCGUUUUUAAUGAUUUAUCGUUGGGUACAGCAUAUCAACUAAAUUAUCCCAUGGAAAGGUGAAAUAUACCUUCUCAAUUAGAAAAAAAUAAAUAUUAUAUAUCAGAUUUUUAAUAGAUUUUUUUCAUCAAACAUUUAAAAACUAUAAUAUUAUUAUAUUUACAGUAUAAUAUUAUUGUUUGACAUUACUUAAUGGAAAAUUAUUGUAUUUUUAAGUUAACAUAGUUUUGUGUUUUUGCUGUGUGUGUGUGUGUGUGUGCAGGUUGUUUGAAAUUAUAUAAGUUCCUUAUACGUACCUACCAUUAUAAUAUACCCACUUGUAAAACGCGUACAAUGGGGAGAGAAGUGCAGUUCAUGAUUCCGCCCACUAGUUGGAAAAAAAAAAUAAUAAAAAACUAGCGACCGUGUAGGCAAUGAAGAGUUAUAUGCUUGAGCACAAAUGUUUUUCAAGACUUUCCCCUCCAAAUUUUUACGAGAUUUCAUAGAGGGCAGUUUUUUUUUUUUACGGCCCACCUGUCUUUUAUUUUACUUUGCUCGGUACCUAUAUUAUAUAAUACGUCAUAAUAUAUAUACCACGGGGAGUAUUUUUACCGACUUUAUUUUCAGUGUGGUUUUUUAAUAUAAUAUACGCCCGAAUCGUUUAACGAUUUCGUAAAUACCCGCACAAUACGUUUUAUUUUUAUCGAAUAUUUAAAAAAAAUGCCGUAAAAAAAUUGUAAAAUAAUAUUAGGUAUACUAUAUUUUAUAUAGCUAUAAUAUAUGUCUGACGCUUUUUAUAUUUUAUGUUGCAAAUAGUAUCUUUUUUGCUCCAUCUUAGAUCUAAUUUGUAUUCUUUAGGUACACAUAAUAUAGUUAUGUUUUUAUUUUUUACUUUUAUGCUGCGAGUAUCGAAUUUCGUUUAUAAAUCAUCAGUUGUAAACGAAAUGGCUGUAUUUUGUAUAAUCUAUCUAUUACAGUAUACGAAUAGCCGAACGUAUAAUAUUGCAUUAACGUUAUUGUCGUUUUCUAAAAUCCGCAUUACUUAAUAUAUCUUACAGGUAGGUAAUUUGUCGCAGAAGUUAAAUUUCUCGGAAAAUUUCAACAGUAUACAUUACAUUUUAAAUCACGGUACGUUUUGACAGAUUUCUAUGUAACAAAAAUCGGACAGUGAUCCGUCCAGCGCGUAUAUAAGUGCAGUAUUUUAUGUAUGUAUGUAGGUAGGUAUGGGUAGGUAGGUACCUAGUCAAAUGCGACAUGGUUGAUAAAUUAGUAGCACCGUGACUGCAGUUGUUUUUUUUUUUUUAGCGAAAAAUUUGACUUGGUCAUACUAAACGGAGAGGAAAAUUAUCAAUAAAAACGCACCUCUUCCCCCUUAUCCCUUCCAGCACCGUGCUACGCUACAGCUAUUCAUACACAUAUACAUACACGCACACGUGACAUAACCAGUUAAUGAUUAUAAAACCUGCAGAACAGCAGAACCAUGUCAUGUGUGUACCUAUAGUAUAAUACAUAAUACGCGUCUGUACGCAACAAGAGCUAUUUACGUAUACAGAUAUAUAUUAUGAACGAUUAUAAUAUCUUGUUUGCUAGUUGCCAUAAUAUUGUAUUAUGUCUAACUAAAAUAUAAUUAUCGGAUGAAAAAAAAAAUAAAAAUUAUUACGUUUGCUAAAUCCGGGGUCGAAAUGGUUUAAAAUUGAUUUGUAUCCGGUGCUAUGGUUGGUAACAUGAAUUCGGAUAGUUAUUUUUUAUCUUUUACUCAAUCAGCCAUAUACUUCGUAUUCUCAAGUAUUAUUAGUAAGUAUUUGGUUAUAAAAUUAGGUUAAGUUUUUUAAAAUAUUUUUUUCACAUAAACAGUACAUAAUUUAUUCAUACUCAGUAUGUAAUUCACGGAGUAAUUUAUUUCAAACGGACUCGUGUAACUUAUAUAAUAUAAACAUAUAAUUAUGAAUAUAAUUAAUUGUUGCUACAAUUUAUGGUUAGGUACCAUAUUUGUACAAAUUCUACAAUUAACUACUGUUUAAAGACUUAAAAUUGUGCUAUAUUAUAAUAUAUUAUAUUAAAUACCAUAAGUAUAAUUUAUUGUUUUCUGUCGGGUUCAUUUAAAAACGCGAUUUUAUUAAACAAUUUUUGGAAAUUCGCUUUCUUAAAAUUUCAAAAUACUAAUAUCGAUUUGUCGAGUUUAUAUUUUUAUAAUUGUUUAAACAUGAAUCGACUUUAGUUGUUUAUUUGCAAAAAAUAAAUGGGAGCGAAUCGAAUACUUAAUAUAAAUCAUCAUCAUUCGGUAUUAUUUCGUUAUAAUAAAGUAAAUCGUUAUUAUUUUGCAAUAACGUUGAUCGUUCUACUCGUGGUUUUUAUAGCCAACAAACAAAUAAUUUAAUCGGUUGGAAAGAUGAAAACUUCCUACAGGAUGUGUUGGAUUUUGACUUUUGGUUAUGUAAGCAAAAACCAAAAAAAAAAAUUUAGUUAUAAACUGGGGCAAAUUGGUCGUACACAAAAUCGAAUUACUUAUAGCGUUUAGAAUUAAAAUCUUCAAAAUUUAAAUCCAUUGCGCCCUGUGGGAUGUUUCUCUUGUCUUUUCUACAGAAAAAAAAAACCACGAUCGAAAUUAGGUUACUCUACGAGACACGGAAGUUUUUCGUUUUUUUUUUUUUGAGUAAAAAACGCGUAGCACGCAGGUCCAUUAAAUUUAAAUAUGUAUUUCUAUAAAAAGUACUUGGUUUUAUAAUUUAUAUUCUAUACAACAACAACAUUGUCUAGAGCUGACGUUGAAGUACACGAGGCGUUAUAGAUAAGGUUAUAUUGACAAACGUUGUAAAUACUGUAAUGAUUACUUUAUUGUGAACAAUGAUAAUAAUAAUAAUAAUACAUAGGUAUAGUGUUUAUUAUUUUUUUUAAAAAAUAUAUAUAUAUAUAUAUAUAUAUAUUAUGUAUAAUAACACUCGAUAAACGAAAUAUUAUCAACAGUUGUAAUACAAGAUACAUAAAAACUAAAAAUAAUAACUGGUAUUUGAAUGUCAAGGUUUGUCGACGGUUUUCGGCAUUUGAAGACCGCAUACAAUAUACAUUGAUAAUUUCGCGGUGGGUGUAUUUAAAUUGUUUAAAGAAACACAACACUGUUAUGAGCGGUCGGACGCGUUUACACGUUAAAUCCCGUGACAACCCUUAAUUGUUUUUAAAUUAUUACCGCGUUCGAAUAAUGAUUUUCCAACGAUAUUAUACCGUCUGUCUGUAAUGGAUUUACAGAAUUUCCAAGUACCGACGAAAAAACCCCGUAAUCUCCGAUAUCAUUAUUGUUAUUUUAUUCGGAGAACACGCGUGUAAAAACGAUACGUUGUGUUUUUAUUUAUUUAUUUAUUUAUUUAUUUAUUAUUAUUAUUAUUUUUUUUUUAUGUACCUACGUCCACGUUAUAAAUCGCCGAAGAAAAGAGGCGCGGAGGGAACGGUCUGGAAAUGCAAUCACUGCGCGCCGACGAACCGCGUAUCUCUCUCUAUAUUAUAUACGCACGACGUUCGGGUGGUGGGUGUUUGUCACAAAGGGUCCGGAAUGCCACGGCACGACAGGUAUAAUAAUCUCGCGUGUAUACACUGCAGAGGAGGUAAUACGACGGGUACCUGUGUACGCACCACUAGCAAUCUCGUUCGCCCCUACUCCCCCGCCCCCCCUCCACCGGGCCGGCCGGGUACCCGGCGACCUGCCGCGGUCGUUCUAUUGUGUCGGCGCGAGGGUUGGUUACCGGUUUGUGCCGCGUACCUGGACGCUACGCGCGCGCGCGCACGCACCGGACGCACGAUAUUCCACGGGGUGCGUGCGUGCGCGUGCGCGUAUACGGUGUGGCGUCGUUGAUGAAAAAAAAAAAAAAAAAAAAAAAAACAACGCACAGGUACAAUAAUAACACUGCCCUCUCCCCGCUCCACCCCACCCCCAACCGUCCCGCCGCGUCUCUCGUCGUAGACGCGCCGACAGUCCGGUUCUCCCGGCGCGUUCCAUGACGCACAUAACGAUAUUGACGCGCGCCAGUUCGGUGUUCGUGUCGUUCGCGUGCGGUUCGCGCUAUGCACGUUGUUGUCGUCUGCCGUCGUCGCCGGGCAGUUUGCGAGUUUGCGAGUCUCGUGCGCCGUGCCCACCUGUUGGAUUUCCAUUAACGGAAAAAAAAGAAAAAAAAAAAACAAUAAAAUAUAUUACGCCGCUAUACCCGCCGCGCGUUGUUAUUGUCAUAUUAUUAAUAUUGUACCUGCACUCAUCUUCUCCGGCUCUCCGUGACAUAUCAUAUCCGCGGUACACAUCAUGAAACUGUUACCGUAUUACUGGCACACGUGGUGAGUUUACUACUCGAUAUUAUUGUUUUCGACGUACAAUAUGUAUAGCUUAUAGUAAUAUUAAUUGCCCGCACCUAUGUUGCCGUUUGUGUAUAACAGUCGUAUUAUAUCCGCGCGACUUUUUUCUUACCGUCCGCUACAACGCCGCGGUCUUCGGCCGAUCGAUUAUCACCGUACACCGCAGUGGCGUUCUCAAGGGGAGUGAUGUGGACGAUACGUCACUCCCCCAGGCCCCAACGCGGUCUAGACCCCGGACAUUUUUCUUCUUUAUUUUUUUUUCGCAACACAAAAUGUAAACUACCUAUCGUGUGCGAAACAUGCCACAUAAUCACUGUUUGUUCGAGUAUCAGUAUCUAGUAUUAUACUGUUAAACGUUAACGGAAUUGCGCGAAAACUGCAUAAACUAUAUAACCUGUAGUUAUGUAAUUUUCAAUACAAAUUUAUAUCGCCCCUCCCCCCCCCCAAAGAAUGAUCCUGGCUCGCCACUGCAGACACGAUACCUAUACGCAGGGGUCGAAUCGCCUGUUAACGUAAUGUGUGUACGCCGGAUUUCACGAAUACCACGAUUUUCCCAACGGUCAACGACGAUUUCCGCGAUUACCGAACAUUAGUUGUACACCGAUUUGGCCGUUUACCCCAUGUAUAUAAGUGUUAUUCUGUUAUCAUCGACAUAGUCGCUACGAAGCGAGAAUACGUUUGUAAGUGCCCGGGUAUUUAACGAUAUUAUCGUUCGUUCGGUACCAAUAAGAAAUACGAACCGCCUAUGCGGAUUGCUACACCCAUUGGUACCUCUCUACCUCUAUACCCGUACAUUAUUAUUGUACUUCUUUUAUAUGGUUUUGGUACGGUCGUCGUCAUGUCAUCGGUAUUCUAAUAUCAGUUCACCUACCGGCUGUAGUACUAAUAUUAUGCCUACCUAGACGGGGAUAUAAUAUUAUCUAAAAACGUGCGUCAUAAUAUUAUUUUAUUAUUAUUCUUAAUGUUUUUCUAAUAGUAUCCUUUGUGCCGGGGGAUUAGUGCAGCAUUAGUAGUUUCUAUAAUAGUCGUUAUAGGUACCGACAUUUCUGAUCAGAUAAAAUGUACGCGAAACGUAACAAAAUAUAUUGUAACAAUAGUUAUUCUUUACUACCGAUAUAUAUAUAAUAAACUAUAGUUUGCUAGGUUCCCUGUAUUGACCAUAUAAACGUUUGAAGUCACAUAUCCGCCAUUACUAGUUGGCCAUUUGUAUCUUGUCAUGACACAAUAUUUCGAAAACACAAUUUAUCACUGAUAUGGAUAAUAUUUAAAUGUUUAAACAACGCGUUUUUUUCGUGAAGGCAAAAAAUCCAUUAUAUUAAUUGACAUUAAUUGCUUAAUCUUCUAUUGUUGUCGUAAUUAAUUUAAACUUGUGGUGAUUCAUCGAAUGAUUUCAUGUUAUUUGUUGCUCCAUAGUAAGUAUUCACACAGCGUGAAUCACACUUGAAAAAUCAAUGUUACGUGUAGGUAGGUAGGUAGGUAGGUAUAUUUUUCAAAAAGAUUAUAUUAGAAGGCAUAGUUUUUAACUGCCCCAGGGCCCUUUCCUAGUGAGCUGUUACAGUGGCGUCACUGUCUGUAACAAUGUUGAUGAUGGGACUAAUGUACUUUGAACCAAAGGGUUACACAGGUAUAGUUUUAUAAAUAUGUACAGUAUAAUAUUUAGUAGUAUAAUAAUAAAUAACACAAAUUAUUAUUUACACUAUAAACAAUAACAAUAUUAUAACCGUUUUAACACGGGUACCUUUAGAUAAAAUCCAAUUCUAAAUUUACUUAACCAUCUAUAUUGUCUGUGUUUUGGUGGGUACUAUUUUUAAUCCAUUUGGUCUACUCAAAAUGACGGAUAAUAACUUCACGUCCUAUCACUAUAGUUAGCAAUCUAGUUUAUUAUCUAUAUCUGUGGUCCUUGCAGGUUCAACUGUUAUAAUAGUAUAUUGUGUACCGUAUUACUGACCAUCGGUACGUUAUUACCGAAUUAUAAUUUUGUUUAUUCGCGCGGCAGCAGUGACGUAUAUUUCUAAAGUAAUAAUACAGUUUUAAACGGUAAAACUGCGUGAGGUAUGUUUGAAAAAAAAAAUAUAUAUGUAUACAUGGCCCAAUAAGAUCCGUUUAAUACGAAACGCGGAAUUCUCGUAUAAUAUACUGUUACACGCUGUUGACUGUUUUCCCGAUACGAACGCGAUACCUCUAUACCAACUACUCUAUACCUACUAUACCAACGUGGUGUUCGUCGUUUUAUAAUAAUAAUAAUAAUAUUCAAACUCGAUAGGUAUACCUAAUCUAAUCACAUGCGAAUACAGACAAAAGAAAACAUUUUUGCAUGUAGAUGCGCUGUACCUAAUUCGUUUCGCUAUUCUUCAAUAAUAAAAAUCGGUCAUAUAUUGUCUUGUAAAGUACAAAGAAGGGGUCAAAGUACCGGGAAAUUAUUAUUUUAAACAACACGCGUUGCCGCGUAAUUUUCUAUUUAAAAAUAUUCAAAAAAAAUUCUUAUGACUAGGUAGGUAUAUAUUAUUAUUAUGUACCUAGCUUAUUAAUCGUUAAAAUUUGGUUUUCUUAAUAUAUAAAAUCAACCCUGAUAUUACUAUUAUAGAAGAAAAAUAUUAAAAUUGUAUGAAAAUGAUAAAAAUAUAAAAAUUUACAAUUUGUAUAGUUAAGUUAAUAAUAUAUGAGCACUGCUAAUAGAUCACUAAAUUCGAUAUGGACAUUUGUUGCAUAUUUUGAAGAACCUAGCUCACAAAGACCACGGGAAAAUGUCCAUGUGACCAUAAGAAAAUAUGGAUAAAAUUGCAGGAUAUUUGAAAAAUAUAUAUUGAAAUUCAAUUUUUCCAUCUGACCAUUUCUGUUUAGGUAUGGUAAUUUUUUCUAUAGCCAUUAUUGCCGACUAUUUAUCGUAAUAGGGAAUGCUGUGAGAGAUCGAAACACUCAUCCCCGUAUAAUGCUGUAUUCGAUUAUUGUAUUUAAUAAACGAUCGCCUUAGUGGCAUUGUAAUGUUAAUAGAGAUCCUCCACUAUUGUCGGUAUAAAAUGGGAAAAAAAUAAGGUAGGAGUAAUAUAAAAUGUACAUAUUAAAUAUUAUUGGAACAUUUAUCUUCUAAACAUUUGCUGAUGUUGAACGAUUCUUUGUUUGAAAUGCAUUUUAUUAUUAAAUCGAACAAUCUGUCGGGUAAAAAAUAAUACAAUUCACAUAACCUAUAUACCUAGUUAUUAGUUGUACUUUGUAGUGUCAUUAUUAACCGCAUGUUUGCCCUUGGCAAUUCCGUGUAAAAGCCAAUAAUUGAAGUCCUUUAAGUCCAAUCGUGAUUGCAUUAUAAGUAUAAUAUACUCGGGGCUGUGGGGCUUCUUACUAGCAAUUGGGGAAGUUGGCUUCGGAGUAACUAUGGCUAUAAAAAUAAUUAGCCAAUUUUUCAAAUAUUGUAUUAUAGGCGAUGUUCUCAACCCGGGUGCGGCGAGCAUUCUCUAGGGGUGCCGCGAAAAUUAUGUGAACAGCGCAGUGUUCCUUGUUUAAUCAAAAACUACUGGUAUGCAUUAAACCAGUAGUUUUUGAUUACGAACCCACCAAGAGAGUUAGUUAUGAAAUGAUAUUUAAAUUCAAAUUUUUUUUUUUUUAAUAUUUAUUAAUGGUCAUAAGUCCAAAUUCAUUUAUAAAUUAUAUAAUAAUAAUCCCAUUGGUAGUAUCUUAAGAUUAAUAACUAAAAAGAAUAUAAACAAAUUAUAUUAAAGUUACUUAAAAUUCACAUUAUUAAUUAACUAUUUCAUUGUAUAAAUUAGUCAACGACGCUAUAAAGAAAAAAAAAAUGAACAUAACAUAACCUUAGCUAACAUACAAAAUUUUCUUACAUAUUUAUUUUUAUUGGUUUUCAGUUUUUCCAACGAUGAAUAUUUAUUUAAGCUUCUAAUUAGAGUGCUAUUUACGAUUUUCGCGUUUUAGGUGCCUAACUAACUUAAUUGACGCUUUUUUUUUUCUCGAAAAUCCAUUUUAUCCACAGGCGCUAUUAGAGAUUGUUUAAUCACCACAAAAAACCCUUUUAAUUCCAAUUUAAUUUAGAAAAUUUAUACUUUCUUGCCAUUAAAAAAGAAACCCAAAAAUGUAUGUUUUUUCUUAGAAAUAUAAUUUAAAAAGCUUGUAAUAAUAAUUUUAGAAUAUCAUUUAUUGAUAUUAUGUUUAGUAGGAUACACGAUCAAAAACCUUGAUGGUCUUAAAAGACCAUGGUUUUUUGUUUUUGUUUUUUUUUAUUUAGCUUUUACAUGCCAUUAAGGCCUUUUACUUUUCUACUAAAUUCUUCUACAUAACUCUAUUGUCUACAUUCCCAAUUCUCACUCAAAGUCAUUGAUUCUAUCUAAAUCCGUGGAAUAAUAAUUUUAAGAACUCAAGAUAUGAGUUAUCACUAUGAAUUCAAUUAAAAAUCGAAUUUUAUUAUCUUAGAACUACUAUAAUUGCCUCUCCCUUCGCUUCUGCUUUUAAUAUGCUUAAUUAUCUAUCUAUAAAAAUACAAAAAGUUUUUAUAUUGUACUCGGUUAGGUUAGGUUAACGGUAAAAAGUUUUUUUUUAUCAAAAAACAAUCGCUUUAUCGGUAAAAUUAACAACUUAUUUAGUUCGCGUGGAAACUAUAUAUUGGUAUAAUAUAUAUUCAGUGAAUGCGCAUUAAGAUACUCUGUGGACAUACAUAGAUAAGUGCGUUAAACUGCGGACAAUUACAAAUAUUUCUGAACGAGUUUUUAAUGAUACUUAAGUAAACUAUAAAUCGACACAAAAGUAUUUGUUGGUAUUUUAUACAAUUGAGUAAAUGUAUUUCUGGUAUAAACAGACUUCUAUAUAAGAUACUUUAUGUAUUUUGAAUACGGGUAUUUUUUGAUCUUUUCUUUUGUACGGUACUGGUAUAAUACCACAAUGAAAAUGCUAAUGUUGAAUCCAUUUAACUUAAAACGUGGUUAAAUGGGAUGUAUUUCAAUUUAGUACAUGGAAUGUUUUUUUUAAAAUUAUAAUAGUAUUUAAAUUUGUAUUCGAUUUCAAAAUAUGAAUACUUUUGAAACAUAUUUAUUGAAAUACAAUACAAAAUAAUUUUUGCAGAAAUAUUUAAAAUACAUAUUCAAAUACUGAACAAGUAUAUGAAUAUUUUUACUUAAAUGUUUUACUGAGCUAAUAAAUGUUUCUUUGGACUUAGUAAAAUUUUUAGAUCAAGAGCAAUCUCUAAGAAUUUAAAAGUUAGAAUGUACUUAACUUUGCUAAGGCCGAUUUUCCUGUACGGAGCAGAAACAUGGCCUCUGAGAAAGUUUGUAGAACGAAGAAUUGCAGUAUUUGAGAGAAAAGUACUCAGGAAAAUUUAUGGGGCAUACUAUGAUGUUCUCACAAAUGAAUGGAGGAAAUUACACAAUGAAGAACUGCAAUCCCUUUUUCAACGACCGGAUAUACUGAAAGAGAUAAAGAAAAAAAGGCUAGUUUGGGCUGGACAUGCCUGGAGGAAACAUGACUCAUUAAUAAGAAGAGUAAUAGAGGAAAACCCAGUAGGGAGGAGAUCUCUUGGAAGACCGCGUUUAAGAUGGGAGGAUUGCGUAAGGAGAGACACUGAAACAGUGGAGUGUCUUUGACAGGAAGUAGCAGAGGAUAGGGAUAGGUGGCAGUUUGUUUAUCUAGAGGUAUGGUCUUGAAUGGCCGAAACCAAGAAAGAAGAAGAAGAAGAAGAAGAAAUGUUUUACUGAUGCUAAAAUUAAAUACAUGUCUAUUAAAAUAGGUUCUUUCGUACAAAUAGUAUUUUUACACUCGUAGUUAUUUAAUAUUCCGAAAUUAUUAUAUUUUCAUACGAAAAAUCGUUAUGUUUAUUCAAAUUUCUGCAGUUCCUAUCCAGCACAAUUAUAGGUGAAUUAGUAAAUAGGUAGGUAGUAUUUACUAAUGCAAUUUUGAUCACUGUAUAUUUUUCUGAAUUUUUUCUCUGCUAUAUAUUAUAAUUACAAUUCAGUAAUAUAGAUAUAUUUCAGUAUAUUGAACAUUAAUUGUACCUGCUUACAUUACCAUAGCCAAUAAAAUGCGAAUAUUUUCAUAAAACUGUGUUAACUGUACAAUUGUAUACAGUGUGUGCCUUUUUAGUUUUCGUGUAUACCUAUACUUUAAAAUAUAAAUUGUUGUAUACAUUUUAAAUUUAUGUAAAUAAGCAUUACUUCCUUAAAUAUAUUAUAUUCUUUGAAUCUUAUCUAAAAUAUAUAUUUUAUAGGAAAUAUAAAACAUCGUAGAUUUUUACGUCAUCGAUUUAUACGUUUUAUACUCGAUUUCAUAUGGUUUGUACGUGAGGGAUCUAAAUGGCAUAUUACUGUUGUUGGCAGUUUUAUUUCUGUAGUUGCUUAACUACCACAGCCGUUUCAUAUGCAUAAUAUAAGUGUACUUAUACCGUAACUAAAUGAUAAAAUCUUAGAUUUUCGUAAAAUAUAACGCCGUCUUGUGUAUAGUUGAGGUACUGGUCGUGUUACGGUUGUAUAGGUAAUUUUUUUUUUAUUUUUCUUUAUAAAUUUUCUGACACGCACAAUUAUUAUUUUUAUUAUUUUUUACUGAGUUCAAGGAAAAAAUAUACAUUUUUUCCCUAUGAUUACCUUGUAAAACAAUAAUCGAAUUUGCAUGCGCCCAUAAUAGUCGGUGUAUAGGCAACUAAAAUUACAAAUUGGCAAAUUAGCACAUUGUCAAUAAUUUCGUGCAUAGAAUAAUAUGCGAUAUGACAUAUCGAUAUUAGAAAUAUCAUAUUAUACAAAUGAAAUGCACUUAGUUUAAAAUAUAAAUUAUGGUUUCAAGACUAAACAAAUAAUAAAAUCGACCACAUUAUUUUAGUACUCACUUAAGUUUUGUUUUCCUCGCGAAUUGUGCAUCACGAAUAAUAAGAGAAUCUUCAUUUCCAUUGGUAACUGCAGUGUAACUACUGCGUUUAUAUACUGUCGAACAAUAAUUAUAUUUUAAUAACGUUUCAUUUUACUAAUUAUUAUAAAAUGCGAUUCUCCGACUUUAUACUAUUAUUAUAACGUUACAAGAAUGUAUAUGGAAAUUCCACGUAAACACAUUUAAAACAUUUUUUUUUUUUUGCCUCUGAAGGUUACAUUUUUACGUAUGGGUACUACUGCUUUAUUGUGUAUUCACCUGAUAUUAUCUAACAGCAAAUAAAAAUUAUUGUAAUAACACAGUUAUAGAAAAAAAAAAAUAAAGGCAUUUAGGUAUUUUUUUAUAGUGUAGAACCAACUGCACUUCUGCUUGAUCAUAUCAUAAGUGUAGUAACGAUACAUUUAACAUUUUAAACACCCAAAUUGUAAAUAAAUAAUAUGUAAUAUGUAUUCUACAAUUGUUCAAAUCGUGUAGGUUUAUAUAAGUAUAGUUAGAAUAGACUUUCAGUUUUUUGUGUUAAUUUUUCUACUCGAUAAAAAUAGGAUAUUUAUUUACUAAUUUACAAGUUCAACUAUUUUAAUAAACAUUAAAAAAUGAAAUAAGUACUGUUUUGGACCACGGUUACUAUAUUAACAAAACAAAUAUAAAGUGUUAUUUUCCUUUGAAUUCAACUUUUUAUUUUUUUACGGCUUUCUCAAAAUACAAUAUCUGAAUGGAAUUUAACUAAGUGCUAUAAUAAUUUCGUCUUUAAUGUUAUAACACGUGCUAUUGGCAUAAAUCUAGGGAAAACUAAAUAAUGAACUAAUUUCAGAUGUGUCUAUAUUUAAAAUUUAACCGCGAGAAUAAGGAAUUUCUAUUGGGAAAAUAUUAAUGUCCAUCCUAAUAUUCUUUAUGGUAUACCUGGGUCGUCGUUUUCAGCUCUUUACAACACCAUAAUAGUUACAUUUAAUUCACCGCGUUCAUCCGCCAAAAUUGUCUUACAUGCGACAAUUUGCAUAUUAUUAUGUAAAUAUGUAGCAAUGUCGACAUUUUGUUUUUCCAAUUAAAAUUCCGUCUUUUACUACAGGGGAUAUAAAUAGUGCGUUUAAAAUGUUCAGCCAAUAUAUUUCCACAUUCUAAUUUGGUUUUUCACCCUGAUCCUAAUGCAGUGGUACGCCGAAUAAAAUUUGAUCAAAGAAUCUCAAUUUACCUAAACAUCUUCGUACAUUAUCGUAAAUUAUAAUCGUCUGCACGCGUGGAUCUCUCAUUUUAUUACCGUUUCACGCUUACAAAAAAAACUCGGCUUCGACGAUUCUCUUCGCUAAACCCUUCACAUAAUAUAAUAUUAUACUGAAGUAAGUGUCCGUGAUCUCUUUCGAUUAUCCUCUCUGUCCUACAAACGCGCCGCGGUAUCGCAUUUUCAAAAAAUUACUUAAAAAUUCUUCUUGAUCCGGUGGUCAUUACAUUUAAUUCCUUUUGUUCUAUAAUGUCUACUAUUCCGGAAGUUGGCGCACAUGCGCAUCUAAUUUAUCUAAUCUCGUGUUUGUGCGUUAAUAUUGUCGGGUUAUUUCGGUUAAAAGUUUUAAUGAAAAAAAACCGUUUUAUUUGUAUAGUAUAAAUUAUUAAAAAAACCGUGAAAUUUUAUUAUGUUUGCGAUAGGUCUCGUCGUAGAAGCGGCAACGGAUUGGUUCGCGUGGGUAGCGACGUUGGUACGCUGGAAAAAAAGCGAGCCGUUGACGACGUGACGGGCGAAACGCUGGACAUGAUGGUCAUGAUGACUACGAUCGACAACGGGCCACACCGCGAAAUGGCCGUCGAUGUUCCGGACUCUUUUAUCGCGCGCAACAAGACGCCUCCGAGGUAUCCACCGCCGUCCCGAGCCAACCGCAACACCGGGACACAGGUAAACAUUAUAAUAUUAUAUUAUUCGAAAAGUGUAAUCGAAAUAUUUAACCUCAAGAAUCCAAAGCGAUCGUCGUCGUUUUUGCUGUCGAAGUAUAAGUAAUUUAAAUUUUCGAACGUGACGUCUAUAAUAUCAUGUAGUAGGUACUAUAUACCUUCGUCUUCUUUACUCGUAUUUGUUAUGACGUGAUGUGUAUACUUAAUGUGUAAUUAAUUUUCGAAACGAAAAAAACGAAACGAAACGUCUGUUUGGCGGUUAAUUUUAAACAUUAUAUUGGAUACAAAUGAUAGUCGUUCAAUAAUAAUUCUAGUUUAUAUUUUAAAACUGACACUGUAAAUCUUUAAGCGUAUAGCAAAUCUCUUAAAUUUCCUCUUACGCUUUAUGUAGAUGAGUUGAAAUAAUUAAUAAGAAAAUAUUGUAAAAUAAGAAAAAAAAUAAAAUCAUUAUAUAUUGCUUGAUUUUUUUUUUGGGGGGGGGAGGGGGGGGUAAGAAGGCUCUACAAUUUCAGAUUGGAAAGUUUCAGUUUGUCAUCUUGUCCACUAGUGGCACUACUGAAAAUACCGUCAAAUUGCUAAAUAGAAGGGAUAAUAUUUUUAUAUACUUUGAAGUACCUGUACAAAUUACAUGUUAAAAAUAAAAUAAAAGGUUGAUACUGCUGAUGAGUGUGCUACUGUUUUAGUAGGAAAGUUGAAAGAGAGGAUAUAAUACAGAGUAAUUUGAUUCAUGUUUGUAGGCAAUGAUAAUUUUUUGCUAAUGAGCAGAGUAUUAUUAGUCGUAUUUUUCCAUUGUUGCCAAAGUAACCCGAAAAUUAACAAAACAUUGCCAUUUUCUUCCUAAUUAUUGAGAAAACUAAAAAGGGUAAAUCAAAAAUAUGGUUUCCUUAAUGCACCAAAUAUAAUAAAAAUGCCACCGUACCUAUAACGGUUUUGAUUGGAGUAAGAUUUCUGGUAGAAAAGUUAUUUACAGAUACAAUAAAAAAUAAAAUAAAAAAAUACCAUAAUAUAGUAAAACUAAAAAGUUCCUCGUUUCGCUAUAAUUUAAAAUUAUCGCAACAACUGCGUGAAUCUAAUUUCGAAUUUAGUUAUAAUUAGUAGCUAUCCAAAAAAAACAAUAUUAUAUCGAUAAUAAUUAUUACGAUAUUAUUGUUAUUUGUGUUUCCGUAAUAGAAUAUCGUGGACAUCGAUGCGAAACGCUAUUGUCUUUGCACAUUGCACUAUUAUAUAUUAUUAGACCAACGGCGAUGUAAACGUAUAGUACAUAACUGUGCCUUUCUCCAGAUCAAUAUAUUAUUAUUCUUACAACAGGUCAAACUCCAUAAGUUACUAUCGCAAUGGCCAUUAGCCCCAUUCUUAAUAGCAGUGUACAGUACACUUACGCGUAUUAGUCGUAUAUAGUAAAUAUUGUAUUCCACUGAAUUCACAGUUAUCACUUUCUCGACAGUUCAAUUUUUGUUAUACUCGAUGAUACGGUCGCUUUGUUAUUAUUAUUUCAUAACAAAAAACAGUUGGAUAUUUCGUUUACGUUAUACCAUAUACUUAUGUUUGUUUUAAUAUUUACGCUUGGAAAUAUUUUCCAGAACGGUUCUGUGGUGCCCGCCGAGAGGCAUUCUGUUCCGCCGCCUCCGCCACCCAGGUCCGACGCGAUCAAACAACAGCAGCUUCAACAGGCCUGCAGCAUCAACAACAACACGAUCGUUACCAUAUCGUCCAAGAAACCCACUCCAGAACAGGAGGAGAUCAUCAAGAAGUACCAGGUAAAUUUUGUACGAGUUUCCACCAUUCGUGUCAAACCCACUCGAGGAGUGUAAAUAAGUGCGCGUAUGAGACGCAUACGAAGCGACGACAUGUAUACUACGAUAAUGUAUAAUAUAACGACGUGGUCGCGCCUUAAAAGAAACGACCCCGUAUUGUUAUUAUUAUUAUACAUACCUAUUUCAACACGAACAAAUAUCCGAGGGAGAAGGAGGAAAGGAGAAGGGAAACAAUAUUUUUAAAACAAAAACAUUUUUGUUAUUUUAAACCCUGAGUAGUGAGCGUAAUGUGUGUAUCUUAGUUUUACAAAGAUGUGUAUUUUUUUUCCCCCUCGGAAACACAUUUUCGAUCAGUAAAUAUAACCAUCUACGUAGUACGGUAAAAGAUGCGAAAUGUCUGACCGCCGGUAUUUUAUUUGAAAGACGUUUUGACAUUUUCAACAGUUCACCCUCUCUAGGUGCAUUUAUUGCUCGGGCAAAAUUAUGUCGGUGAGUAGAAAUGCUCCAAUUUAUUCGUAUUGGAUUUUAAAUGCCGCGGGUACAUCGUCCGGCGGUGAAUACUUUAUUUGAAAAUAAAAAAAAAAUAAAAAUGUCCAGCCCGUCAACAGUUUUUCCACGGAAUGUAAAAAAUACCUCGACACUUCGGUUUUAUUGUCAUUGAUUUCUGUGUAACCUUGGAUACACCGCGGAAGAAAACCACGACCAAUACAACGUUCCGCUCAGAAUCGUCUUUUGAUCGCGAAUGGUCGCUUUAAGUCCGUAGACUAAAUUUUGUCCUAUACCAUUCACACCUCUCGCCUAUUACUGUGCAGCAGUAACCACGGGGCGGCGCGCGAAGUACGUUCGGUUUUUACAUAAUGUCAGGAGAUAAUCGAAACGAAAAUAACCGAUAUUGUAGUGACUUUGGUUAUGUAAUUUCGUGUUGUCGAAAAUAUAUUGUCAGAUUGUCUUAUCGGUGCAGUACCAGUGCCGUGCCUAAAGUUUUUCGUAUAUUCUUAAAAAAAAAAAAAAAUCGCGGCCCGCGGGAAACGAAUCGUUGACGCCGGUUUUUUUUUUUUUUUGCUUGUGAUUUUUCGAGCGUCUGUAUAGGUAAUUUAAAUGAAUGCGAUUCGGUUUUUUUUUUUCCGGUUUUAUUUUCAGUUAACGACUAAUUUAAUUUAAUUUAUUUUACGUUUUUUUUUCCCCCCGCCGAAUUACCUUGACAAUGAUACUACUACUACUACUACUACUACUACUACUACUACUACUAUUAUUACUACUACUAUGUAUACUCAUCGGUACUCUGUAAAAUUCGCAUUGACGGUUUGUUUCGGAACGAUAGGUACAUAUAGACGAUACGAACGACACGGACAGAUUGAUUAGGUUUUUUUUUUUUUAUUACUAUUAUUGUUAUUUUUUUUUUUUUCAUUUUCGACAACGCCGUGUACGCUGUAUACAACCUAUACACUGCACCGCAACACACAUUGUGUGUGCGUAUACACAACGCACACACCACGGGCUGCAGGUAUAGGUAUACCUCUACCAUAGGUAUCUCUCGCGUGACCUUCGCAUUCCACCGUACAUCUAUAAUACACCAAACCGUUACCGGGGGCUAUAUAAACGAUAUAAUAAUAAUAAUAAUAUUAUAUUAUUAUAUAUUACGAUGAUCGUACGACUGACUAAAAGAAUAAUAAUAAUAAUAAUAAUAAAAAAAAACAGUCUUCUUUAACACCACCACCCAUAUACCCAUAUACGAUAUUGUUGUAUGUACGGUAUUCCUCGGGGAAUUAUGGAUAUUUUUUGGUUUUUUUUUUUUUUUUUUUAUCUUGUCGAAUAGAAAUAUAACGUCCUUAUUGUUGAAAACAAUCGUCUCUAUUUCGCAGAAGACGCAUUGCACGUUAUAAAUUAUUUCGACGUACCGAAAUAUAAUAAAUAAUAUUACGCAGUAUUCAAGGGCGAGAAUUUUUUUUUGAAUAUGUUAUGACAGGGGCGUGGGGGUCGGGGGGAAAAAAUGUGUUUCCUUCAAAUGUAUUAUAAUAUGGGCACCGAAUAUAUAGGCGUAUUAAAUCAAUAAUUCAUGAUAAUAGUUCAAUACUUACUUACAUAUAUGUCUAAGCAACGAAACGGUCUUGGAAAAUAAAUUAACAGGAUUGAGAAUAAUUAUUCUUAUUCGGUAUUUUGAGUUAAAUUUCGAUAAAUUUUGCUCUUUGUCAUUUCAUUUUUACCAUUUAUAUAGUAAAUACUAUUAUACUUGCGAUUGUCGAGUUUUCUUUGGCUCCCGGAGGGACGGACAACACGUCGAGAAAAAAACACGUAAAGCGACCAAAAGUCCAGAUAAAAGUGCGAGGUUCCGGUAGAUUGACGGAUUAAAUUUGGUUUUUUUAUUUGUCUAGUUUUUGAUCGAGGUUUUUCUUGAUUAAAAAAAAAUAAUAAUAACGUUAAAAUUUUAAGUAAAUCGUAGAAAACGUAGAAAAAUAUUGUUCCUGGUCAAUUUCGUUUGAUUUCUAAUACAAGUAAAUCAAAUUUUUAAAAUGCAUACACCAAUAACGCACUACCUACACAUAAAUAGGUAAUUUUGAAAAUACGCACACUUACGUCGUUUAGACCGACAAAUAAAAGGAAACAAAUCGCAUGCGAACAGUAUAAAAAAGUUGAUAAAAAUGUACCCAAGUCAUCGGACGAUUUUAUAAUUACUAACAAAAUAUAAUUCAGUCUUACGGUUGGGCAUAUUCUGUUGUGGUCUGCUGAAAUCCACUCGAUGUAGCUGGUAUUCGUGUCUACAAUGGUAUCCUUACAAUAGAGCGAAAGCAAAAGAGCGAACGCAAAUGAGCGAAAAAUCCAUCAUUUUGUACAGUUUUGUACAAACAUUUCGUGAUUUUUUUUCAAUUUUCGUCUACUAAAUAUAAUAGUGUGUGCGCCGAAAGUUUAAUAUAUUAUAUUAUGUAGGGAAACGUUUUAAGAAUUUUGUUAUAAGUGAAUUAUUUUUGGAUCCAAUUCGUGAUUACGAACGGGAUUACGGGCAGUAUAAUACGUACAACGGAAACGAAUGCCUUGAAAGAAAUCUGAAUUUGGAGGAAAUUACAUGCGAGUGGUCUCGAUCCGGCAGGAUAACUAUAUGAGAAAAAAAAGAAGUACAGGGUUUCGACUGAACGGAUUCGAAGAUUAGUAAAUAUGUACGACAAAAAUAAUAAUUUUUAUCGUUUAUUUUCAAUAGAUCUUUAUUGUUUCCAUUUAUUUCAUUUAUUAAAAUUGUACUCAACAUGUUGUGUGCGAUUUUUUAUUUUCACUAUUUUGGAGGUGAACCGUCUAAAAUGUUUUACUUUCGGGACGUUCUUUUACAGUUACCUAGUACUUUGUAUAUGUACAGUUUGUACAUAUACAAAUAAGUAACGAAUCUCACGAAUUUCGUAUUGUUAUUAUAUUUUUGCCGAACGUGGGAAACGCGCGAUCCACCGUGGUCGAUGAUGGUUUCUCCCUUACGGUUAUAAUAUUAUACACUCGCGCAAUAUUACAGUGAUCCAUACGGUUUCAUUAUUAGACGGAUAUAAUGUAGAACUGUACCGCGUAUAUUCUUUUUUUAUUAUUGUGUAAUUUCGGGUAUUACGGUCAACGAACCGCGGUAUACGCGAAUUUGUUUAAAUUUUCGCGACAACCCGUCAUCGCGAGAAAAAAUGGAGGGAAAAACGAAAUGCAUUACAUAUUUUGUCUGACGAUGUAAUAAUAAUAAUAAUAAUUCCGAUGCACAAGAACUGUCGGCGUGUGACCACGCCGGCAAACGCAUACUCGGUAUACGACUGUGCGUAUUGAUAUUCGACCGAUCGAAUUUCUUCCGAGGGAAAAUAUUUCAUUACUUCGUUCCUUAUCAUUUAUUUCGCGCGAGUUCCAUAUAAUACACCGUUUUUUUUUCUUUCUUAUUUUGCAACUCGCGCAGAAAUAAAUAACAUCCCAGGUGAAAUAUAAGAUGCUUUGCGAAAGAAGUAUUUCGAUAGAAGCAUUUUUCCCCCGCCUCUAGCUGUUGAAUCGCUACAACCGCUGCGUACUUACGUACGCAGUAUACACGCAUUAUUUGUCUCGUGUGUCGUCCGUAAAUCAUACGAAAAUACGAUUUCAAAAAAAAGACGUUUCGUGUUUUACGUUAUUAUUAUUAUUUUUUUUAGAACGGUUUAUAUACGCGCGAAGAAUGCAAGCGUUUCAAUAAUGUAUGGAUUAUCCAGAUGACUUAGUAUUGAAUAGAGAGAGGGAGAUAGAGAAAGAGAGAGUGACCCGCGGGGACUAAAGAUUAAAAGGGGACUUUUGUUGCGAGAUUUCGUAGCAGGUGCACUUGUAUAAUAUUAUGCAGGUGCGUUUACUUACAAACGUUUUCAUUUUUUUUUUUCACACGCCCCAUAGUAAAUAAACAAAUAAUAUCCCCCGGUUUGCCUGUACGGUUGUACGUAUACAACAAGUACGCGGCGUGUAUAAAAAAAAAAUCGUCUGUUUUCAAAAACAAUUCCAAACGUAAUUUAACGAUCGUAACGCUCAUAUUAUAUUGCAGAUGUGUAUUAUAGGUAUUAUCGGUCAAUGGUAAACAUAAUUUUCAUUUUCCCUGUCGGUGUCCGAAUAUUCUGUCAAUGUUUUUUUAAUUUUUUUUUAUUGACCGUCUCGAUUGUAGAAAAAAAAAAUUAUCAAAACAAAAACAUCAUGUACAUGGCGCGUAGUGUGUACAAAACAUCUGAACAGUUGGUAGUUUACGCGUACUGUACUGCAGUAUAUUAUCAUUGUUUCCAUUUGCAAUACAUUUUGCUAUUACUUGAGAUUACACGUACUCAAAGAGAUAAAAAAAAAAAUUAUUUUAAUGGGUUUUCGUUCAUUACGGUUUCGGUCGUACAUCUGAGCGAUCGCGUGUGUGCGCCUUCCGAGAAAACAGUUGACGAUGGCUCGUAUGGGAUUGGUAACUAUAACCGCAUUAUUAAUUAUUAUUUUACGGAUUCUCUCUUUUUUUUUUUUUUAUCUUAUAUAUUUAUAAUUUCUUAUUACAAGGCAAUAAUAUUAUUGUUGGGUUUCCGAUAUUUUAUCGCACGUCGCAAAAUAUUAGUUUAAAAAAUGUUCUAUUAAAAAAUAAUAACAAUAUAAAAAAAAAAAAAAAAAAAAAAAAAAAAAAAAACAAUUCCGCAAAGAAUAUAUAAUAAUUGAACGGCCAGACUACAGAGGCUAUCGGUUUUUUUAAACGUUCAAAUUUUUCUCGCGAGUCCCGGACGGAAUUCAAUACGGCAUAUGAUGAAUCGACAAAAUAUGCCGGAAGGGCGCUCGUUCGACUUUUUAAGAAAGUCCAAAGGAGGACUCGUCGAGCGCUUAGAAUUGUACAAUAUUUCGCGUGAUCGCGGAAACGCAUAUAGACGACAUUUACCUAUACGGGGCUGUAAUAACAUCGGUUAUUAACGGGCGAUUUUUUUUCAAAUAUUAAAUAAUACGUUUUUUUUUUUUUUUUUCUUUGAAAAACGUUGAAAUUCGAACGCGCGCCCCUUCUGCGUUUGGCGAUUCGCGUGUCGAAAUAUUCUGUGUCCGGCCGUUUGUAUAAAAUAAUACAUAAUCGCGAUCGAAUUUCGUCAUAACCGCCGCGCUCCCUCUACCGAAAAUAGUAUUUUUGUCGCAACACGGGGACGUUUUCGACGUUUAUAGGCGAUUAACGAUAUAAUCGCGUACAUCGGUCGUCAAAAACACAAAAAAAAAAAAUAAACGUCCGAGUAGAAAAUUCGACGCGUUGCCAUGCGUAUGUUGUUUUCCCGGGUCUGUUCCCGUGUCGCAUGAUAAUAAUUAUUUGAAUUUUACACGCGAGGGACGGAAAUAAUAUUAUUACAAUAACUAGGGCCCGGAAUUAUAUGUGCACCAAAAACAUCCGAAAUACGCGUGCAUUUAUAUGCGCUGAUUAUCGUUAAAGUGUGCACUCAAAAUAUGCAAACAAAAAUGAUGACAACAACUUACUAGUCCCCACCGAAUUAUCUUUAUCUAGAAGAGAUUAGAUAAUAGUAUAAGAAAACAAAUUCCUUAUUACAAGAACCGUAUAGGUACACCAACGAACAAUAGUAAUACAAAUGUGUUUGAAACACUUGGGUAUUCGACUGCGCUGCUAUAACGCGAUGGAAAAUCGUAAAAUACAGAAAUAUGUUGGGCACAUCGAAAUAUCACAAAAUACGCAAAUUAAAACUUUGUAUUUCGGAUCUACACACGGACUAUGGUUUAAACUUGUAGCUUAUCCAGAGUUACUUUUUGGACUAUUAUAAAAAAAAAAAAAAUAAUUAUAAAAAAAAACCACGAUAUCGUAUUGCGCCUACUACGCCGAGCUUACAAUGGAUAUACGACGACAUUAUUAAAUCGCAGACUGUUUCCACACGGCCAGGUAUACACUCGUGUAAUAUGUAGGCACGUUACCGGGGCGUCGCGUAGGCGUGCGGCCGCGGGAACAAUGAUUUCUAUUCAUUUUCCAGUCGACCCGAUUGAAUAUUAAAAAAAUAAAAAUAAUAAUAAAAAAAAACCACGAUAUCGUAUUGCGCCUACUACGCCGAGCUUACAAUGGAUAUACGACGACGGUAUAAUUUAUAAUUCCAAGAGAAUACCCACCACGUUAUUAUACAAUAUAUUUUUUUACGGUCCGCUCCCGUAAUCUUAUCUGAAACGCGCCGCGCUGACGCGUUCCGUGAUGUAACGAAAACAAUAAUGAUAAUUUCUAUUAUGAUUAUUAUUAUUAUUAUUAUUGGGUAUGACGGAGAAAACGAGCAAUAAAACAAAUGCGUCAUUAUUGUCGCAGCAUUUGUGGAAAUCCGGCGUGGCCGAGCGCCGCGCCGCCGUGUAACGCACCUAGGCGGUAGAAGGUGUCCGCGCUUGUUCGAUUUUGUUCCCGCGGGUUUUCCUAUGCGAACGCCGCGAUCGGUUUCCGGGCGCGACUCUCCCCUUUACGGCCGUUCUACAAACGACACCAGUUUUGGUCGCCGAUGUAUAAGUUUUUUAAUAAUAAUAAAAAAAAAAAAACCCCAAAGUUCCUAUGCACGUUUCAAUCGCGUUUCUUUUCUUUUUGAUAUCCAUACUGUUUACAGUAAUAAUCGAGACGAGUAGGUAUAUGAAUACAAUUUCAAAUAAAACGAAAUUGUCGGAUUCGAAACAUUAUUGGAUCUACUUGUUACGCGUUCGUAUUGCACGACUGAAAUAAACUGAAUAUUUUUCAAUCAUCAUAUUCCGAUGACUAUAGUAAACAUCGAAAUAUUAAAAUACUAAUAACAGUUACCUACAUAAAUACAGAGGAGGUGAUCGCCCCUAUUUCCCCUGCAAUCUUACAUAGGAUUCCGUCCUCGGUGUUUUCAAACCGAAUUACCGAAAAUACGCCAAUUCCGUUGGUGGCGGCAGUGUUGGAUAACGUGCUCGGUGUAAAGUAUUUAAAUACGUUUUAAUUAUUCGAAUACGUAUUUUACAUACUCUAUUUAAGUAUCUGUUAUUUUGGAUGUAAUUUAGAUUCUGAGCGGAUCGAAGAAUGUACUCGUUUUACGACGAUGUUUAUUAUUAUUUUUUUCAUUGUAGAUACCAGAAUUUUUGCUUGGAUUUUGAAUUAUAGCACUUUUUCUAAAAGAAAAUCUGACGGGGGCGGUAUUUUAGGGAAAUUAUUUUUUAAAUUUUUCAGCUGUUUUCAUAAUAAACGGAAAAAAAACCGAGAGAAAUUAUAGUUACUUCUUAAUUACACCAGAUGAUAUAAUGAUAAAAAUGAUUUAAACAAUUAAUAUACUUGUAAUGUAUAAAAUGCUAAAAAAAACUAGUUGAUUUAAAUGACAAGAAAAAAUUGUAUUUUAGAUAUUUUCAAGUAAUUGCAAGUAUAUCCAUAAAUACUAUUUUGUAGCAUCUGUAUUUAUAUUUAAAUACACUUUUUAUUUAGUAUUCAAAUACGUAUUUUAAGUACUUUCAAACAAUAUCAAUCAUUUUUUACAAGACUAGCUGUAAGCUGCUUUUAUUUUAUACCUCAAGAUAUAUCCAUAGUUGGGUAUAUGCAAAUAAUCGAAUACAUUCCAAUAAUUGUCUAUAGUUCGGUAUUAUAGACGGUAAUAAUAUUAUCAUUUCCAGAAUCGUGCGGAACUAUUAUAAGCGUUUAUUGUUAUUUACGGAAGAUUCGUUAUUGAAAAAAGAAUAAAUAAAAAUUGACGCACGUUAUUAUAAUAGGUACAUAAAACAGUUACAAAUAAAAGAAAAAUAAUUUUUCUUCGGUAGUCUACGGAAUUCGUGAUGCGAAUUUCUUUUGCGGCUCAGUGACCUUAUGUCCAAUUUUUUCUAUGACCCUAUAGGUAUACUUAUACCUACGAAUAAAUGUACUUACUUGUACGUAUAAUAACUUUGUCGUUAUUAUUUUUACCAACGGCGAUAUUAUUUUGUGGUCGUCCAAUUAUAGAAAAAAAAAAGGAAAAAAAAAACAUAGAAUAAAUCGAAAAUAUCACUGUUUUGUCGAGAGCGUGCAUUACUCCUCCCAAUAGGAUGUACUGCACGCAGCUUUAUCCGGUUGUCUGCCGGACCGUAAAUAUAACGUCGGAUUUAUAGCUUUUUAACGUGUCAGACUUCAGUAUAAUACUCUAUGCACGUCCGAGUGACACGUGGGUGGCUGUUUCAACGGUUAAAUAGUUUUCAUGUUCUCCAAUAUAAUAUUUAUAUAUAUAGAAAAACCCUCGAUCGACGAUGGUUUCGAAAUUGGUAUAGUUUUAUAAUUACGACGGUUUUCACAUAGAUUAACCCCGUAUAAAUGUGUGUAUUGUUGCCGUAGGACGCGAAACUCAGGAAGCAGAAAGAAGAGGAGGAAAAAGCCGCCCAAUUUCGCAACGGGUCGGUGAGAGGAUCGAAAAAACUCCGGGAACUCGAACACGAACCGCCGGAAUCCGGAAUUGUGAACGAUGGUUUUUUGUCGGAACACGAAGAAGACAAAACUAUUACGCUCGACGAACCUCACGAUCCUUACGAACCGAUAUACAGGGUUGUCGGUAAGUGCAUAUCAUUAUUCUUAUUAAACAGUAUACACGUUUUUCGGGCUUCGCGUAGAAAAAAAAAAAAAGUACAUUUCGAUGCUGGGAAACUGGCAAGGGGUAUCCCCAUUGUGUUCCGGUCGGAAACGGCGUAUAAUGGAAUGCUACGAUGUCGCCAAGCAUUCAGGUCACGUCAUUUUACACAGCCACGAGCACGCCCAGAAUAACGUAACCUGUCACUUGCACUCGUGACGACGAUAAUAUUAUGGCGUUCGGCGUGGCAUAUACACUCACAUAAUAUAAUAUAUACCUGCUCGUAGAUUCAACAUUUCGUUAGUUAUAUUCUACACUUGUUGUAAGCCGUGUCGGUUUUGUUAUAGAAUACGGCGAACUGAUAGCCGCACUCCAGAGGAUACAUUUGCAAUUGAAAAAAAACGGUAUCUACCUUGGCAAUAAGUCCGAUCCGGGCGUAAGUGUGAUCCAAUCUCUGUUAUUAAAUCCGGAAUUCGUCGGGGUAUUGUCCGUACACAAUAAAGUGCAGCAAUUAUGGCCUCCCACCACAACCACGAGGCCGGUGACACUGGAAGCGCAAAACUUGGUCCGAGACGUAAGUAUUACAUUUGUUCAGUUGAAAUAUUAAUAACGUUAAAAUAUUAUUAAAAUUGUUCGUUUUGAAAAACAGUGCGUCGAAAGUAUUCAGAAUAGCGAUUUGACCGAAGCGUCGGAACUCGCUAAAUUGUUGUCCCAGUACGAAAUCGAAGGAGUACUCUGGGCGCACGACACUAUAGCUCAAGACAUACUUCCGCAAGACGAGGCCACCACUGAACUAACGGUCACGUUACCGAUUAACGAUGCGAUGUACAGCACGGAUCAAAAUCAUCCUCCUAAUAUCAUCAUUAUCAACAUUGAAAAAACCAACGAACCGCUGGUAGGUCAAUUGUAUUUUUUUAUUUUUUUAACAUGUAAUACUUUUUUCAUAAUACAAUAUAAACACGAUUAUCAAUUAUAUUUAGGGCGCUACUGUUCGAAACGACGGCGAUGCGGUGAUCAUUGGUCGAAUAGUGAGGGGUGGCGCCGCCGAAAAAAGCGGACUGCUCCACGAAGGAGAUGAAGUAUUAGAGGUGAACGGCGUGGAAAUGCGCGGCAAGUCCAUAAACGACGUCUGUGAUAUCUUGUCAGUAAUGACCGGACCUCUAACGUUUAUGAUCGUGCCGAGCGCUAAUCGCGUUUCGUAUCAGAACGUAAACGGAAGUAGGGAAAAUCUCAUUGUAAGUUAUAGUAUUUUGCUUGAAAUACAACUUAACUUUUAUCUAGGGCUGUACAUUUUUUUAGUCGAUUGUAGAAGUCGGAUUCUUGAACACAAAGUUUGAAUCAUUUAAAAACGAAUUCAAAUUGAGAGUUUUUAUUUUUUCACGUUUUAAAUUUGUUAGGUCAUUUUUUACCUAUUAAAUACAUUUAUCCUUUUUGGUUCAUUUUAUGCUAUUUUUAUCUAACUUUAGAUUCUGAGUGGAGCAAAAAAGCUUAUAGUUGUACAAAGAUGUUUAUUUUUUUUUUCUGUUAACAAUUUUUCUACCAGCAAUUUUCGUUAUUCACUUUUCACGAAUGGUAAAUUUAUUGAUUAUAAUUUAUUGUUUAUUAAAAACAAUUGUUUUACAUUGAAUCAUAAACUAUUGACUAUAACUAAAAAAACUAAAUGAGUAGAAAAAAAAAACUCAAAUUUCAAAUGCUAAUAGUUUAUUUGUUUUUUUUAUUUGGUUAGGGUUUUUAGACACUGGUUUCAACUUAUCCAUUGACUAUCCAAAUAAUAUCCAACUCAAUAAAAAGCACAUUAUUUAUUGUUCAAAAGUUUAAAUUUUAAUACAUAGUCAUAGUCAUAAAAUAAUUAUAAUAUAAGGUCCAUAUUUCUUUUUUUCGUGGCAGUAAACAUAUUAAUUAUGAAUAUUUAGUAAAGCCAAUCCAACUAAACGGUCUUAUCUCAUAUUCGACUGCAACUAAGUUUUUAACCUAAUUUGAAAAAGCAAAGCGUAACAAAAUAAUAAAACUAUCAUGCAUAAGCAAAUAAUCAAGUCACUAUUUGAAGAUAAGUGUAAAAUUGGCCAGUUAUAGCAGAUAAGAAAAUUAUAUUAUGAAUUAUUAAUUCAAAUUAUACUUAAACAGAACAUGGUACCCAUUGAUGUUGGAAACUGUUUCUAUUGUAGUUACAAAAUUGAUUACCUUAUUUUAUGGAAAUGCAUGAUAGGCGAGUAUGUCCUAAUCAUGAAUUAAGAUUUACUUACUAAGAUAUAACUAAGGUAUAUCUUAAUUCAUGGCUCUAAUCAUAAUACUCAUAAUAAUAGUAACUUAUAGUUACAGCUUCUGCAAAACAGUGAAAAAAGGGUCUCGGGGGGAUGCCCCCAUUACCCUCCCCCCAAAUACGCCACUUUUAACUGUGGCGAUGCUAAGCAUACAUUGUAGCUACAAUACACAUAAUAUUAUUACUUAUGCGAUUUGAUUCUGUUUAUGUAUUGUUCAAGAAGUUUUAAGUUGUAUUUUUACAACCGUUAUGAAUGCGCAUUAGUUUUUUUUGAAACACCAUCGAUAAUUCUGUAUUUUAUAUCGUUGACCAAUAUUAAUACCUAUAAAUAUUGAAAUAUUCACUUCAUUUCAAACAUAAAUAAAAUUAAUGUAAUCUUGUUAUGAUGCUUAAAUAUUAUUGUAUUGUUUUAUUAAAGAUGCACAUGAAGGCUCAUUUCGAUUAUGAUCCAGAGGAUGAUGGUUACAUUCCGUGCAGAGAGUUAGGUAUUAGUUUUCAGAAAGGCGAUAUUUUACAUGUAAUAUCUCAAGAAGACGCUAACUGGUGGCAGGCGUUUAGAGAGGGCGAAGAAGAUCAAACGUUAGCAGGUCUUAUACCUAGCAAGUCCUUCCAACAUCAGCGCGAAGCCUUAAAACAAACUAUAACCGGCGACAAGCCUAGUAAAGAUAAACCUAAAAAACAAAAUACGUUCCUUUGUGGCAAAAAAAAUCUUAAAAAAAGGAAAAAGAAGUCACUGUAUCAAGACGGAGGUUAUCCUAUUUACUCUUCUUCUACCUCUGACGGUAAAUACCAAUUAUUGUUCAUUUAGUACCUAGAUUAUUGAAAUAAAUACAACUCUAUAACUACAAUCUAUAAUAAUAUUUUAUAGAAUAUGAAAUUGAAGAAAUAUUAACUUACGAAGAAGUGGCUUUAUAUUACCCACGGGCAAAUCAUAGGAGGCCAAUCGUAUUAAUUGGUCCGCCCAAUAUUGGCCGACACGAGCUCAGACAAAGACUUAUGGAAGACCGGGAUAGAUUCGCAGCUGCCAUUCCUCGUAAGUUUGAAUUAUAGUUAUAAUGAUUGAAUAUAAUAUAAAAUACUGGAUUAGGUAUAUUUCUUAAAUUUGCAUUAUGUUAUUUGUAGAUACCAGCCGAGCGAGAAAAGAAGGCGAAGUAGAUGGCCAAGACUAUCAUUUCAUCACAAGGGUUCAAUUUGAAUCAGAUAUUUUGUCAAGAAAGUUUGUUGAACAUGGCGAAUAUGAGAAGGCCUAUUAUGGUAUAAUAUAAAAUAAUAAAAGUCCUUUAAAAAUAAUAUGAAUAUAUAUAUAUUUUUUAAAUGUGCAGGCACGUCAUUAGAUGCCAUUAGGUCAGUGGUUAACUACAGCAAAAUAUGUGUAUUAAACCUUCAUCCACAGUCAUUAAAAAUCCUCAGGACAUCUGAUUUGAAACCCUUUGUCGUUUUUGUGGCACCUCCAUCCCUAGAAAAACUACGUCAGAAGAGACUGAAAAAUGGCGAACCUUACAAAGUAAAUAUUACUGUUCAAUAUUUUUUAUAUCUGUUAUUUUAAUGUAAACGACAUUGUUUUCGACAUUUUAUUUUGUUAUCAGGAAGAAGAACUGAAAGAGAUUAUAGAAAAGGCUAGAGAAAUGGAAGAUAAAUUUGGUCAUUAUUUCGAUAUGAUUAUCAUUAAUAACGACACCGAGAGAGCGUAUCACCAGCUAUUAAAUGAAAUCAACAGUUUAGAAAGAGAACCGCAAUGGGUGCCGGCCACUUGGGUAAAAACCUCAUCAUAG